CUCUCUCUGUUUCUGCAGUCCUCUCCUCUGCUGUCCCAGGCAGCGUUGCUCCCACCUCCUCCUGCAGCCCAGCCUGACUGCUCAUCAAUAAGCUGUAUUAGCCCAUCACUAAUCAUAUUGUAGGAGACAGAGAGUGAGAGAGUAGGGCAGCUAGACUCUGUGCAUCAUUAUCACUGUGUGUGUGUAAGCCUGUGUGUCUUUGCGUGUGUGCAGCCGGGAAGGGAGGAGGGAGGGGUGUAUCCUAGCGAGGAGCUUUUCCCUGUUGUAGUAACCAACCGCACGCCGACUGCCAGCCAUUACUUCACUGCAGCAGCAAUCGGCCCCUCCGUACUUAGUGAGCCAGACACACUAACCUGUCUGUCCCCUCCUCUUUUCUCUCUCUCUGCAUAUUCAGCAGAGCUGCCCUCCUCUCCUCCUCAUCACUCUGCCACUCCUGCGGCGUUGCUCUCUGCUUGAAGAGGACACUGGCCUGCUCCUCACCCACUGAUUCUGCAUGACUGUCACAAAGGUAAGACCGCUCUGGAUGGGGAACAACUUUUCAGCAUGUCACUGGUAAUUGGGGGUCGGAUUGGACUGUGGGGUAAUUUGAGCUGCUUGUUGAGGAGUGAAGAUGAGUUUUUAAGGAGAGUUGGAGUUGCCAGUUAGGGCAAGGUUAUCAGGAUGCUGCUGGGCUGAUGUGUGAUGGCAUGAAUGUGUUACAUAUACAAUGCAUUUCAGUCACAGUGACACCCAAUUUAUAAUUCUGCAAAAAUGUUUCCCAAACACGCAGAAUAAAACAGUGUAGAGACAAUUUUCCUCAAAUAUUCAGAAAAUGCUCUUGUUAUAUGUUGGGUUCUGAUAAACUUUAGUCGGGUGACACUUUGUAAUAAGAGUGAUCAUUCAGUGUCAGGCCUGUGCAUUUCAAUUCUUAACAGCUUCAUUAAGUUCUGAUGAUAUUAACACUGUAGGAUUAUUAACAGAUCUCACAUUGGCAGGUUUUUUAUUCCUUAAAGUGUUUCAUUAAUGUGUCAUUAAUAAGAAUUUGAGAACUGUUAGGUUUUCGAGCAGCUGCAGGGAGGAAAGCACACCCCAUAAAGCUGUGCUGUGCCUUUUGAUAGAGAGUGAUUUAUAAUGCUAAUUAACUAGAAAGCUGACAAUUACGAUAUGCAAAUUCUGGGGAUGGCACAUUUUGCAGAACUUCACUUCAAACUUGCUUCAGUCAUAAUAUGGCUACUCCUUGAUUUAAUAUGGCUUGAACAUUGUCUAAUCAUCUUAAAGCAAAUAACUGCUUGCAAAUGUAAUACACUGUUUAAAAGUCAAAUGGCAAGAGGGUUUGCAUGGAGCAAAGUGCCAAACUUUUGGGGCUGGACUUGUUUUUUUGUUUGGCUUGAAAUCAAUCGUGGAAUAAUUGGAUGCAAAUAGAAGUGUUGUUAGGAUUUUGGAAAUGCCCUUGGAAUAUGGACAAAUCAGUGCACUUUUCAUGCAUGUGGAAACAACUAUCUUGUUUCUGUUGUGUCUCAAACGUAGGCGUGUCAGCCUGCUUGUGUGGCUGUUUGUGUGCACCCAGGUGUGCCUUGGUGGUCAGAGUCAGUGCUUAACCCCGCUGCAGCCAGUUGAAUCCUCUUAAUCAAUUAACAGACAGAGAGAGAGAGAGACACACACACACAAAGAGAGAGGGAGACAGGAGGACAGACUCACAGAGGAAAUCAGCACACUUACUCACUCCCAUGUAGAGAAUUAACCUGGACUAAAAUAGAUGACCUACUGUAGUCACAGGACAAUGGCCUAUUUACUCACACUUAUGGCCGCACACCUGCAACUUCCACAUACAAGUUCUGUUAAUACAGAAUGGUGUGGGCAGUAUUUCCAGGCUGCAUUUCUACAGCAAAACCACGCAAAAUCACAGACGAUUGCUUUCCAACUACAAAUUUCCUGCUUGAGAGUGAGAGAGAUGUGUGGGAGGUGUGUGUGCCGCUGCGUUGGUGGACGUUCUCCACUACGAGAACUGGAAGAGGAAAAGGUCAGGUGCGCCUGUAUUGGCUUUUAGCCAGACUCUAAAUCUGACUGUAGACAAGGCCAAAGGCAAAGAAAGAGAAUUUUAAUGAACACAAUCAUGAUUUUCUGGCUUGAAAUGUGACUCUUACCUGCAAUUAUGGAAAUGACAGGACGAGGGAGGAGGGAGGAAUAGAAAGAAGGACAAAAAUGUGCUUUGACAUCUCUGUAAAAGAAAAAGGUAUAAAAGCACAUUACCCAGUGGUUUCUGAAAGAUGAUGGGUGUGUGGGAGAAGCAGAAAGCGAGAGAGUCUGGGGAGCUGUUUUCAUGGCUUUGCCUGCCAACAGCAGAGAAGUCACCUUGGGAGAGAGGCAGGACAAGAGCUUCUCUGCUGACGGGGCUAAACAGUCUGCUACCCAACAGCAUAGAGAUACACACUGACAAUAUUCAGGAGAGACAGGCCCUGCAAGUCCUACUCAGUAUCACACCAAGAUUUAUAUGUUCUGGCCUAACCUUCUAACAUGACAGGGUAGAUUUACAGUAAGUAGACAGGCAUUCAAAAGGCAAGAAUAUGCAUACCAGCAUAGCUGUCUUUACGUUUGACAUAUUUUACACAAUCUUUGUGGCUUACUGGCACCAAUCAAACAAGAAAGCAUCACACUCAUCAGUGUAUUUAAAGGAGGUGUAAACAUCUGGAUUGUCUCAUUUACAACUAUGCACACCUAAUCAAACUCAAUUAAUAGUGUUAUAGUUAGUCUGUGAUUAUCAUGGAGGGAAAUAAAGGGCUCAUUUUGAAGUCAUUUUUUAUCAACAAGCAUUAAAACUGAACUGACUUUGUUAACGGGAGGGGGUGCAUAUCAGGGAUAGAAAACCGCUACAAUCCCCCCAAGUUCGAAAAAAUUCCAUCCAGUCGUUUUUUAGUUAUCUCCGUAUUUAGGAACUGUGUGCUCAGAGCCGUUCUGAAAACUCCACUGACAUGACGUCAUGGCAGUGCUGGCGGGUUGAUGGUACUGCCCAUGGAGCUGCCCACUGACCUGCCCAAAAAAUUAUCAGAACAGCGCCACUACUCCCGGUGUUGUGCCGUAGAAAGCACCCCCGCCGUAGAAUGCACCCCCUGACAGCAACUAGCUCGAGUUGCAACAAUAUAAAGCGGAAAACUACUUCGUUUUUUAAGCCGCUCGCUCACGUUGCUCCGGUUAGAACAAUGGCGGAAGUACGAUCUGAAAAAGAGGCAGCGUUUGCUCUGUUGUUGGCUGCACAAACGAGCACAAAACUCUUUUGAAAACUCCCUCGUCGGAGGAUUUGAGGACUCAAUGGGUGGAUUUUAUUUAUAAUGGGAAUGUACCCGCGGCACUUCAAAAAUAUCUGUAUGUAUGUGGGCACCAUUUCACUCCGGACUGUUUUAUCAACGAGGGACAGUUCAACGCUGGAUUUGCUAGAUGUCUGAAGAUAAAGAAGGGAUCCGUACCAACUAUCCGUGAUCCUACUACAAACGUGGCGUCUGUAAGUAUGAACGUUUUAUUUUGACUUACUGUUUAGCCUAAAUUCCCCCCGGUGCCUCAGCACGGCCACCACGCUUUGAUAAACACACCGGAUCCGCGCCGGUUUACCGGAUCCUCCUGUAUUUUAGCCGCUCGCUUCUUCCCCGACAACUCCGGCGGCGGGGGACAAAAUCCCCCUCCGGAGCAGCAUGUAGCUUUAGCAUUUACCUGUGCGGCGACGCGCCUCUUUUGGCUCAAAUACGGGACGUCCCGGCUAAGCGUGACCCUCCUGGCGGCUUUGAAUAAUACACAGGAUGUGUCAACUAGGUCGCUUCAAGUCGCGUUUGGUCUGAGUUUCUUCCGGAGCCUCUCCCUCUGGGUCAGACUCUGGCUCAAACUGGUAGGGUUGUACGAGCGAUCUUCUUGCAGCCAUGACCGAGCCAGUGUAAACAUUAGCACAUGGCUAUCGGAGCACAGCCACAGCCCCUUCCAGAGAGAUGGGUGUAAAGUGGACCUGGCUUAGGUGCAGCUCAUUUCAAAGAGACAUAGCCCAAAACGGAGGAUUUUGAGCGGAGCUGUUUCUAGCUGAUAAUAAUUGAUCCAAAUCGACCGAAGGACGUCACAGACAUGCUUUUAACACACCAGGGGACUAUUUUAAGUUGUGUGAAAUUGGCAUGCCAUGGGACCUUUAAAACAAAAACCAAGGAUUUUACCCCAAAAACAGCAUAUUUGAGAUUUGUUGAGCCUUUUUACUUCUAACUUAAUGGUUCUUAAAGGACAUGAGUCCAGAUUUUACACUUUGAGGGGAAUUAAAAUGAAAGCAUGUAAAUUGUCUUCACAGGAUCAUGACUAACCCCUGGUAGAAGUUGUGUUACAGUUUUCUCAAGAAUAAGUUAUUAACACACAAGACUGACUAUUAAUUGUUUCCAUCUUUAUUGUUAAAAAUGAAGCCUAAAUGCUGCCUUCAUUGGUAUUAGCAUAUUCCUCUGGUGACAGACUUAGGGGAGUGCUGGUAUUCGUCAUUGACCACAUGCUAACAAAAACAAAACAUCAAAAAGUCAGGUAGCCCUCUGGUCAGUUCAGUCCACAACAGAGAGGAUUCUUGUGUUGGUUAUUACCAGACUGUGCAAAGUUCAGUCACUCUUGUGUUUUUAUUUGUCACGUUUUCUGUCACCCUUCAUUUUCUAUUCUGUCAAGCACAGUGCAGGAGCCCACACUUAUAAGAGAGCUGUCAAUCAAACCACCACAUCUCUUUAUUCUAACCAAUGAAACCUGAGCUUGUCUGAGAAGUUAGCUUUAACUACUGCAGAGAGCAAAUGUAAGACAUAUUUCAUUGAUGCAUAUUUUAUUUUUCUAGUUUGACUCAUGUUCCACCUACCUGAAUGAAGCAGUGUUACCUGCUGUAACACAUUUGCUGCAGCUAUUCACCAGGGGGAGCUCUAAAAGUUGUGAUUUUACAAAGGGUAUCAUUUUUACCUUAGAACACUACUUGCCAGAUUACUUGUUGAUUUAAGACGUUCAGUGAUGGAAAUAAUGUGUUCAUGUGUGUCUCCAACAUAGAGAAAUCAUGCACACCAGAAACAGAUAAACCGAAGAACUGUUAUAUGUGUGUGUUUUUAAUCGAGACAGACGGAUCAACAUAUAGAGAGAGGAUCCACCAGCCGCCUCUCUGACAGGCGGCUGACAGUGAAAAUGGGUCAUUGCAUGUUUCAAUCCGUGGCCUUUGCUUUCAAACACGGCCUGCCUUGGCUGCGAGACUAGACUUUAAGCUCUUUAGCUUUUUAAGGCUGACACUUUAGUCCACUGGCAAUAAUUUCUUUUUGGCUUGGGGUUUAUCCCAUAUACUGCUUCCAAAUAUCUUAAUACGACAAAUUGAUGUCAUAAUAUGAUUUGUAAAAUACCUGCUCAGGCAUGGACUUGAGCUACUGAGGUGAUACAUGCCCCAUUAAGUCAGCUGGUAAAGAUGCUAGAUGCAGCUCCACUUUUUAACUUCUUUUCUCCUUCAUUUAGUUGUAUUGGUCUUAAAACAUCCAUAGACAACAGUGGCAAUUUUAAGGUAACAAAUUAUGUAGUAUUAGUUACACAGGCCCUUUAACUCAAGACCAUGGGCUGAGCUCAAAGACCAAACCAAUAGUUAGCUAGAAGGGUUCCAAAAACAGAUGGUAUUAGAGAGCAGCAGACACUGUAUGUGGUAGACUUUGCCAAAUAAAGUGAACCCUAACCCAGGAAGGCAGUUUAACCCAUUUCCCCUCCUUGAGACCCCCAAAAUACACACUGCUCUUGAUACACUGGUGGGACCUAUCCUAUAAAUUGCCUAAAUCACUGGGAAUGUAUUCAUGUUUCAUAAAAUUUGAGUUUACUACAGUCAGGAACUUCCAUUUAUUCCUAUCAAAAUCUCACAGCUCUUGUGACUUGCUUAGUAAUUUUAUUAUAGGGGGUCUUUUUUUAAUUCACAGUAAGAAAAUCAGCUCAGCUGUUGUAGCUAAUCUGCAGAUUAAUCUUGCUACAAAUCCUUUGACUGGGCCAUGAAAAUGAGCAAAACAUCAAAAGGAAAAUUUCUCUGGAGUAGGAUGCUUUUUGCUAGGUGCAGCAUGCUGCUCUCAGUGGUUUGGCAAAAAACUGCCAACGAGGCAUCGGGGCACGACAUGGGAUUAUUAUAACUACCCCUGUUCUCAUUUGCUCUGCGUAUGUCUGUGUGCAUGAGUGUGUGAACGUGGGUAGAAGGGCAUGAAUGUGAGUUGGCAGACAUCUGUGUAGGUGGGUAGAUAACUUCUAUUACUACUACCAAACCACUAUGCAGUGUUUGAGAUUCUGCAAUAUUAUUGGAAGAUUAUCUCUGGUAAUCUGCUGUGUUUUGAUCCAGAAUCAUGUUAAUGUUUAUGUCUAAAUCCACAAGACAUCCUUCAGAAGUAGCUAAAUGAAACCCGACAGCCCCCAGCUGCUCCCUUACAUAAGAUGGAGUUUGAAGAGCAAAUACAGUCACACUCUCAGCCGUCUGUUUGUUCAAUAAACCAACACUUAACUGUCCUCCAUCAACACAGAGGCCAUGAGAGCCCAGCUCUAGCAUUGAUUGUUGCCCUGAGUUACCUUCCUGUCACUUUAAGUUUAGCUCUCAGUCCACAGGGCUCAAGGGAGGAGAAUAAUGGUCACAGUGGGAUUUCUCUGUUCAAGGUACUGACCUCUCCAGACGGCAAGGGUCAACUGGUCCUACGCCUGCCAAACAACCUGCAGCCAGAGCUGUUAGAAAAUGAAGGCACGCACAGGGGGCUGAAUUCUGUUUCAUAUUCAAGGUUAUUUCUGAGCAUUUAGCUGUUCGACUGUUAACAGCAAGCUGCUGUCCUUGAGAAAGUCGCUUGGACUGUUCUUUUGGAUUCCCUCAGAUUAGAAAGCAGCAACAGCAACCCUUGAAAUGGUCCAGUUGUUCUUGGUUGGAUACCACAGAAAGAGCAGUGUGCCAGGGCUGGGGAGGGGGUUGGGGAGAGAGGAAGGGACGCUUGGGGGGAGGAGGGUGAUAAAGAUGAGGAGGGGGAGGACUGGAGAACCUCUUUGUAUCCCUUGACACACCAGCAGAAAUGCUCCCCCAGAUAGCACUAAAAGGAGACUGUGUUGAUAAAUGAUAGUCUAUUUUGAAGAGGGUGGACACUAGCAUAGGCACACCAUGGUAUACAUAAACAUAUAUUUACCAAGAGGAACCUCCUUUUAAACUCACCUCAAACCUUAGGCUUCUGUGCCGAGCUUCUAAUCUUACCAGUCACUUAUUUUAACCAAACCUCUUAAAAUUUAACCGCCGAGCUUCUUCCAACUGCUUUUAUUUGUCGUUGUUCUGAAGUGACAGUUUUAAUGGAAAUUCAUAUUUUGAGUAGUCAACUCGUCUAAAGGUAAGAAAACACUCAUAAAACACUAAACUGAGCAUGAUUAAUCAACACAGCUAAACACUGGAUCAUAGUCAGCACCACUAGCCUUCGGUACUCCAUGCUGGUCAAAGUCCUUACCUACCAGUUUAACCAGACACAGCCCAGGAACAACUUAAUCUCCAUUUUCUAGAUCAAAAUGCUGCCACGCCUCAUGCUAUGAGAGGCCAUUUGUCAUUGGUGCUUGCUUACAUCCACAAAGUAGUGCAUUAUCGCAUUGUGACAGGAGUUAUCAACUGGAGGUCCAACUGGCUUGGAAGGGCAGCAACAAUAAAUGUUGUAGUUGGCAGCACGUAGGGCAGCUGUGGCUCAGUGGUAGCUCCUAUUGUCACCUGAUAGAGUGUCUUUGAUGAAGACACUCAAUGCAGAUAUCAGCUAAAAAGUUAAUUGUCAUUUUGGCACUUCAUAUGGACAGAACAUUUCAGCAAACAUAUUUUUGAAUGUCUAUAUUUAAAAAAAUAUCACAGUUGUCUUUUUGAUAGACUCAAAUCUGUUGGUUUCUCUCCAUCUCUGAAACACAUAGACUGCAACCAAAGGAGUGAUAAGUAAAGUCUGACAAAGGAAAGGCUUGGUGUUCUUUACAAUAAACUAAAAGAUGUGCAUAUAUAGGCACUGAUACCAGAAUUGGCCAAAAUAAGUUAAUAAGUUAAUAACUAAUGAUGUGCAACUCUUCUUCUAAUCUUCAUACCUAUAUAUAUUUCCAGGUUUUGAUCAAUGAGCUCCAUACUUGAUAAAAGUCAUUCCUUUGUACAUGUCGGCAAAGAUCAGAACAUACAUACAAACACAAACAUGUAUACAUGCUGCUUUUCCCCACGCAGAUGCCUAUUUCUUCAUGCUGAUGUGAAUUCCAUGUAAUUCAAAGUAGCACUCCAGCUGUGUUGAGUGUGUUAGCAAUUACAUAUCUGCAAGCACUCCAAUUAUGAAGGAGGCCCACGCUGCUGUGAUGUCAGGCACACAUAUGUGGUCGGAAAGACGUCUGAAAGCCAUUUUCAGAGUGUUUAUGGUGCAGCUUCUGCUGUAAACUGUAAGCUGCUAAGACUUGUAAAGAAUAAAACAAGUCGAUAUCUUUUGAAGAUAUGAACGCUCUGACAAGUCUCAGUUAUUACCCUCCAAUGUGAGGUUAUUCAAAAAUGAAAUAUUUGAUGUAGAGAGAUUGUGCACAUUUACACACAGAGAUCCUCGCACAUCCACACUCAAACUGUCUGAAUUCCCUCCCUAGGGCACCUCACCCACCAUAAAUCUUAAUUGAGUCUGAUUUAGACUACUGGCCAUUUGUCAAGCUCAGUGUUUACCCGCACGCUCUCUCACACACACCGUCACACACACACACACACACACACAUUAAAUCGAGGGCUGAAUCGCCAACCUAGCAACCCAAAACCUGCUAUUCCUGGAGAAGGAAAAACACACAACAGCUUAACAGAUUAAGAAAACUAAAUCCAGAAUUAAGCUUUUUUUGUGUCUCAUAUUCAGUCCAAAUGAAGCAGAUAAAGGAAUUAACACACAGGAGAGUAAGCUGUGUGAGAGUGUGAAAAAAGAGAAGACAAAAAGAGAAAAAAAGAGAGAAAUGGUUGUGAGAAAGCCACAGAAAUGCAUUCAUCGCAGGAAGACAUUCAGAUCUCAUGAGCUCACUGCCUGUCAGAAAGCUUUUUUACUCUACUCAAUGUGUGUGUCUGUCUGUGUGUGUGUGUGUGUGUGUCUAUCUAUAAAAACUGUACUUUCUGAAUCCGUGUCAAAGCCCGUAGUGUGUUUCCAGUGGAGUUGGGAAACUCUUCUUUCCUUUUGUCACUGCAUGAAUCAUUCCUCUGCUGCAAAUGCAUUCACACAGCCCAGACUCUCUCAGAGUCGGUGACUUUCUCACCAAAGUAUGAUGAGAAUUCUUUGAUUCAUUGUGAAAAAGUGCAAAGGGGAGAGCUUUGUUGUGGCUUCUUUGGGAUAAAAAGUGUUCGGUUAUGUGGAUUCCCUUUUGGGAGGUCUCUGAGAUAGAAAAAGGAAAGAGUCAUGUGAAAUAAUUUAUGAACAUCCAGGAAAUAGAGACAUGGGAGAGAGGGACCAUUACCAGCAUUACCUCUUCCCCUCCAGCUGAGAUUAGGUGCAUAUCCCAUUGAAGGGAUGCAUCUGUGUGUGUGCAGGCUGUGCAAUGAGGACAUAGGAUGUACUUCCUGUUUGUUGGCCUGGGGACAAGGUAAUAAGUGCAUGGAGACAGAUGGGUGUUAUGCUUUGUGUAUGAGUGUGUAUGUAUUUGUUACGUAAAGACUGGAUGGUUGGUUAAGACAAUAUUGUUCACUGUGGAAGAUUAUAUUUAAAUGCUAACAUCCUGAGUCUGUAUUACAUCUAAAAACUCCACUUUUUUGUUCCAUCUGUCUUUUUUUAAAUUAUCAGACUGUCUCUGACUGUCCGCUUUGAUAGUGUAAGAGUAAAACAAGAGGCUUUAUUGUCAGAUAAUCUCUGGCUUCAGCAAAUUGAAACAAACUUAAUGAAGGAUUAACAAAAGAAAAAUACUUUACAGCAACACAAGGGACACUCUUAGGACUUAGGGCUUCUCACCUGCACUCACUGUUUCUAAGUCGCUAAAAGUGUCUUGCAGAACAUUUCCUUCGACCAUUAAAACUAGUUUAGAUGUUAUAAAUAAGUUUGUAUGUUUUAUGUAAACUUUUAUUCCAAGGAAAAGAAAGCAUUAGAAAUGUCCUGGCAAAAACAAGACUGUCUGGAUUCAACAGGAAAAACAAUGACAAGGACUCUGCACCAAGGACUCUGAAUAUUGAAAAUGCCACACUGCAUUUAUUUAAAAAAUAGAGAAAAUUUAUGCUGCCAGUUCAAAAAAUGCUAUCAGUGGACACAGGCCCUCAAUGACUUGGUCAAUCAGAAUCAGUUAAAACCUUUAUCAAGCUUUAUUUUCAGCUGAUGAAUGAUACUCAGUUUCUUGUAACUAUCUAAUAGUUUGGCAAUCAUAACAACGAUAUUUACAUUUACUGCUAUUACAGCAUAACAGAGAUAUACAAUAUGUUGAGGUCCCGCUCACUCUGUCAGAUUCUAAUUUUUCUAACCAUUUUGUUCACUUCAUAUUUUCUGUUACCGUCUACCAACUACAGACAUGAACAAGCUGUCACAAAACAUUUAUUGAAAGAUGACUUUAUUUUAUUUUUUUAAGUAAACAGAAACACCCUAGGAUGAACACAUUCUUGAUUUCUGUCUUAGUCUCCUCACAGUUGCAGUAGUGAAGCUGUAGCAAUGUAGGCCGGUGCAGUGUCGCUGCAGUGAGAGUCGGGGUGGUCCAUUUUCUCACUGGAACAGUAGCUGCCUGCUUGAGACACUUGAUGAAGUGUCAUGGAAUCUUCUUACGUAAUUUUAUCCACAUCACACUCCCUUACAUGAGGCUGACAAUAGCUGUGUCUUCAUUUCUCGGAUGCUAAUGCAAUGUCAGCUCACAUUUGGAGUAUGUUCUGUCAUUGGUGCUGUUUCCUAAUGUGAUGUGAUUUGUUUAUUUCUCACAGGUAGGGCAUGCUGUCUUGUACUGGUGAUUAACAAGAUUCUUUCCAGCAGAAUAUGAAUUUACAUUUGCCCGUGUUAUAACAUUGGUAAAGCUUUAUUCUACCUGCACUGAAUGAGACAAUGUGGAACUGCUGGACAAACAUAAGAGAGCAGUGAGUGGGGAGUGGGGCAAAGAUUGAGUGCACAUCUACAGUGGAUGAUACUACCGCCCACACUCCUUUCCACACAUACAAACACAGACAUCCACAGUGGAGUUCAUCAGGGUCAAAUCCAGCUUUGUAUUUUGCCUAUGGGUACAGAUCACAGUGUAAAUAUAGAUAAUAGUCUCUCUGCAGCACAGAAUACUCUGUAUUUCCCUUUCACAUGUGCUUUCACUCUUACUACACCUCUCAGAUAGUCAUUUUACUUCAUAUUCGUAUGUGUCUCAUCCUGAUCGUGCUGAGAUUUGUUUAGUAGUGCAAAUAAUAUGUUGGAAAAAUGUGGUUAGACAUGGUGGUUGAGUGUUCUGAACAAACUGAUGAACCCAUGGGGAGAUCACAUGAAGCAUAAAUACAUAAGCCUCUUAAUGUAUAAAGACCACAGUAUAAGGUGAAAGUGUCAGCUCAGAUCCACAGAUAAAGCCUGUUAUGUCAGCGGUUCACCAAAUGAGUUUGGCAGAAACCUUAAGGAGAGGCUUGUUUGAGUUUAACUAAUGUUUGUGGAAACCAGGUACAUGGAGUAAAGUGUUAGUGCUGCAGAAACAAGAGUUUAGUUUGCAGAAAAAAGUUGUUUUUUAGCUGCUCCAGUGACUCCUAGCGUUUGGUCAAAAUGUUCAGGUUCAGGUUCAGGCAGUUUUGUUUAUCCCAGGAGGGCAAUUUCACAGCCUACCAGGUCACAUAAAUAAAUCAAAAAGCCAAACAACACAAACGUACUCGGCAGCUGUUUUCAGACCUUAACAAGUCAUUCCUGUAAACAAUUGUGGUCAAAUGACUCAUGAGUCCCGUAGUUUUCUGGACCACACAUUUCUUUAAGAGGUGGCUCAAAUCUUUUACAAUGUGGUCAACAUGUUUGUGUUCCAGGUUUUUAAAUACCCAUGCCCAUCAUGCCACCAAGUGCUUCUAUAUCAUGGUUCAUGGUUUGGUUUGAAAAAUGUUUGGGAACAGCCUGUAGAAGGAGAAAUAAGAGUCACUCUCUGUCUCAGUGACUGUUUUUGACUUCAUGUCACUGCAAUAUGUGUAAAUAAGUUUCUGCAGUACAUACAGGAUAGUGGCAAACACAUUACUGACAGCUGAGCUGAGCAGGGACAUCACUGACCACUGGCUUGUUGUGAUUGUUUCUGGCUGUUAACUGCUAAAUUUGCACCACAGCUGAUUUAAUAUUACACAUUUACCAGAGACAGGGAAAAGUUACAGUCUAGAAUGAAGGUUUUGCUAAGUGUGGAUCUGCUGGUAACAUGCUGGUCUGGUCGAUAUGUUGUUUGCAACUUUAAUUAGCACAGCUUAUGUACCACUUUAUCUCCAUUUUCUGGAUUGAAAUACUGUCAAACUCUGAAAUAGGUAGAUAUAGGAAUGCAGCUUUGCAGUUAUAAUAGUUUUGACUAUCUUGGAGCAGAGAGGGUGAAAAUGGUCGAGAAGGGAUAGUAAAGAAAUGGAUGUAGGUUUUUAAUGAUCUUAAGUCAAAUAAAAAGUAGGUUAGGCAUAUCCAGGGGAAAACUUCAGUAAAUUCUGUGUCGGCCCUGUGGUGGAAUUCAUUUUUGCAAAACUCUCAGGAUUCCCCAUGGUACAGUUUUUGCCAACAAUCUUUCAUCACAACUGUGAAACCUCACUAUGAAUGUCAUUUAAGCCUCUUCUGGAGACACUUUUCCUAAUUCCAGCUUUCUGGAUUUCCAUCACUGUCGCCAUGGUAACUCAGCUGGUAUGUCUGUCAGUCUAAACAGCCACAGUCUAACAGAGGCGAUAAAACAAAGAGCCUUUAGAAAUUAUGGUGAUUAGGAUUCAUACCACUCCAGUCAUGUCAACUAUGAACUCCUCUCUGCUGUUUCCAAAAUUAUUAACAUUUGUGAUGCUGGUCGCUGCCACCCCUUAAUACACUGUGAUAUAAUUGAAUCAUACAGAUGAAUAACCCAUUUAGUGAUUCAUCAUUCAGAUCUCUUUAAAAGCUCAAUCAAAAAGCCUGAGGCAACUUUGGUCCGACAUCUGGACAGUCUUUUUUUGCAUUGGAAGGUUUGAGUGAGCAUUUUGCUUCAGAGGACACCAUUAACUUUUGUUGAGGGAAAACUGAUCUUGACACAUUAAAGUUGUGUAUAGCUGUAAGUCGUAAGGUAUGUAAUUUCUCAGUAUGUUAUUGUUUACAGCGUGUUCACCAGCUGAGAGGCAGCUGUGUCUGCAUUCCUGCUCCUCGCUUCUUCACCCUUGGUGCUGACUGCUGCUGAGAGGGUUUACUGGGUCUGUGCUGACGACUCGGGUCAUUUAUUUAUGUAGAUGGUUGGUGGAAAGAAAUUAAGUAGAAAGGAGGGCAGAAAACACAUGUCAUGCUGACACAGCAGAAAGAGGGGGCAAAGGUGCCUGUCUUUUGAAGAAGAUUCAGCUCAGAUUGAAGCAUCAAUAAUGACAAUAAGUGUAAAGCUGAAUCAGUUAGAUUACAUUCCUUUACAACAACAUCUGUUUCAUUUUUCACUUCCAUAUGGAAAACUUUCUAAAAAAAUCUAGAGGCCACUGUUGUGCAACCAAAAGGUUCAACUCAAGGAUAGACAGCAGUCAUAUUAUUCAUGAUCCCUACAACCUACCCUUAGCUCAUUGCCGUUUAGAGCUCUUUGGUUUGAUGAGUGGAAGGGGUGAUAAGAUUCAGCCAAAGAUACAGUGAUAUUGUUUUUCUUAUGAGGGGUUGGCCCAAACCGGAGAUGGAGUCCCACAGGCUUGUAUGAUAUGACUUAGAAGGAUAAAGACUCUUACAGAGGUUGUUCUGUGUCUGCUGAAUGUGUGAACAUGCAUGUUUUCACUCUUAUAUCAGCUGUCAAAACUUUUUAAAUCUACCCCAAACAUCUUCUUCAAUGCAAGUGUCAGCAAAAUAGUCAUUAAACAAUCUCAGUUAUAUUAUAAUGACUGGCAAGAUAAACCUUAAACUAACCCAGAGAAUCUUCCAAUGUGAUUUUGAUGCUGUUAAACUUUGAAAUUCUAGUUUAGUGGACUAUAAGGCAGAACCAUGUAAAAUUAGACUAGACUUUGUUGUAGUUGCAGAUAUUUUCCUGUAAGUCACAGUGACGGUCACACAAGGCAAGGACUACAGCUGGGAAUACAGCUGACAGUGAAGAAUGGGAGCUGUGAAUUCCUGAGCUUAGGGUAAUAAAGACUAAAAGACCUUAUUCCACAUCAUCAGGGGAAAAAAUCUGUUGCGGUUUGGAGUAAAAAGGUGCUGAGAAAACCUGUGAAAGAAUAAAAGCAGGUCCUGGUGUCAUUGAAAGACGGAGAAAGAGCUCAAUCCUUGGUCUCCUCCUUUAGAUAAUUGGAUGCUACUUUGAAGGGGUUCAUUGUCAGGGAUGAAAAGGUUUGUGAAAAUUUGUUCCCUCAACAUUAAUAGUAAAAUAAGGAUGCCAAGGUUACCAAAAAAGAGAAGUGGUUGCCUGUUCUCUUGUAUUUUUGCUUUGCUACCAUACAUUUCUGUAUGGCCGCAGGGGCUUUUUGCAUGAACAUCAACACGAAAAAUAGUUCACUCAUGUAAAGAGUCUAUUGGGAGGCCUUUCAACUGCUUCAAAGACUGUAUGAGGUUUCUAUUCAACCAUCUACUGCUUACCUGGGGUCUGGUAGCAGUUGGAGCUGGCUGAACAAGUCAACCCAGCCAUCCCUGUGUAGCAACAUUUUCCUGCUCCUCACAGGAGAUUCUGGGGCAUUCCCAGGCCAGAUGGAGUUUGUAAUCAGGCCAACCAGGGGUCUCAUCUUAUAUGAACAUGCCUGGAAAACCUCCAAAGGGUGGCCCCCAGGAAACAUCCUUAUCAUCCUUAAACCACCUCUGUUUCCUCCUUUGGAUGUGAAGGAGUGUCUCAACUCUGAGCCCCCUCAGGAUGUUGUCUUAACUUCUCACCCCAUCUCUAAGGCUGAGCUCAACCACUAUUUUGUAGUAAGGCUUUAUCACAUGUUUUCGUAGAGAGCCUACUUCACCAGGACUCUACUUUUUUUGGACCAGCUGACAGUUUAUUGAGAAGUGAUUCCAUUAGAAACAGUUUUACAACAGCCUGAUUUAUGACCCGGACAAAUAGUCAGACUAGACAUUGACUGUGUGUUAUACAGAUCAGCCAUAGAGAUGUAUCACUACUGAUUACAUCUUAAUGGAUUCACUUUUUUUGAUCCGUUGGACGUCAUUUCUGCUCAGUUAAUCCAAAACAGUGUAAUUCUCUCAAAACUAGGAUACACGGGAACGAGGAUGGCGCAGAUUAUCCACUUAGCUGGACUUUGACUGUGGAAGUGAGCAGACUCACUAGAGAGUAGAUGGUGCCAAUAAAUAAUUCCUGUAGGAAUAGGAGCCAAAAUUAAAUAUUUGUCCCAGAAGAGGACCCUGAAAUGAGGUCUGUGUUUUACAGCUGGCUUUUAAACUGGGACACAGUGGUGCACUGCACAGUGGAAGUCCAAUCGACUGGCUGGGAAUAAAGAAAUCAAUGAAACAGACUGGAAAGAUGUGCAAACAAAUCAUUCACUUUUUACCAAACACUAUACUCUGCCAUGUGACUGUUAGGCUUUACAGUACAAAGGAAAAGAUGUGAGAAACAGGAGGAGCAGCCUGGAUGUAAACUGACAGCAACAUUAGCUUCAUACGGUUAAACCUUCCCUUUGUGAUCUCAUCAGCUGAGCGAUCCUCUGAAAUAUAGGUCAAAUUCACAACACAUUAACCUUCACACACAUAUGGGAAUACUGUCGUUUCAAAUGUGGCUUAACAAGCUCACACAUGGAUGAAAAGACACACUGUUGCCUUCAUCUGUCUGUCUCCCUUCCUCCAUUUGUGUGCAUUAGUGAGGAGCAGAUAUAUCUUUUGUUUCAUUCUUUCAUGAAUAAAACAGAAAGCUGCAAAAGACAAUGUUAAAGAGACACUAGAGAAAUGGUCCCAGAUGUAAAAGAGAGUGUAUUGUAGUAACAACUGUUCAUAUCUUAUCAUAUUAGUGGAUGUGAGGCCUGUUAAGUAAAGGUAAAAAUGCAAUGUGCAGCUACAUUCUUGACCAUCAUUGAAUUAUCACUUUUUUAUACUGAGUGAGGAAGGAGAAAGUAACACACUCAUAAAACAGGCAUCAAAGGCCCAGAACAGAGUGAUAAGUUCAAUAAACAGUACAUGUACCACCUCCACUUUAUUUCUGAUAUUGUCUUUUUUUACCUGCAGCAGCAAGAUAUUUCAGUUGCAGCUGAACCUGCUGACUUUGGUAGAAAAACCCAUUAGGAGUCCUUGAUAUGAGGAGACACAUCUGGAGUUUCCCAGCCCCCACUUAAAAAGAGGCUGAGGUGCCAGAGUUGCUGCAGAAUUGCUCUCAGAGAAUGACCCUUAUUAGUUUACUGCCUUUAGUAAGACAAGGUGACAUGCAUGUAUUUCAUUUGUAUUGACAACAAAGAUCAGGAGGGCAUUUUGGGCCCUUUUAUCCCACAGAAAGUAGCUCUGUCUUGCUCUGCACUCUUUAUUUUCUCUUUGUUUUUAAUCUCAUCCUUGGCAUCUAAGUGAAUUAAAUAAUUACAGCUCACUUUGUCCUGAUGACUUAUUUUUUUGUAACUCAUAGGGUGUGUAAGUAUGGUGGGCUGGUUUUUUGUUUCUGUAUCACAGAACCUGAACACUUUAUGUGAAUCCGCAAGUCCAUUAAAACGGGAGUCAUCAUAAAGAGAUUACAGAGAACUGACCCUGCUCACUAAUAUGACAUUGUAUGUAGGAGGUUUAUGUUCAAGGACAUCAGUUAUCUCUUUGCCCUGGGUAACUCUAUCAGACAAAGAGCUCUGUAAUGGCUUUUCAUCACUGCUAUCUGGCCUCUGUGCCUUCUGUGGCUUAGUUAAUCUUUCCAGUACUUUGGUCCAGGGUACAAAGUCUCAAUCUUACUGGAAAGAUGAUGCCUUUGUUUGUUUAAUGACUCCCCAAACUUUUGGUGACUCCUUGACUUUGCACAGUAAGGUUAAAAGGUCUUGUGUGAAAAGACACAUUUAGAAAACAGAAUUUUCCAUUACUGAAAUUCACUGUAAUUAAUUUAUUCCCACUCCACUGAAGAAGAGUUCACAGUAUGCUGUGUCUCAGAUUGAUAAGUGCUCACCAUUACCUUGGACUCAGGUCCCACGUCCCAUAGCCUCUGGGAGUAACCUUUUGGUGUAGCUUGUGGAUGUCCGAACAGCUGAUAACAGACAAGCCAAGACCUCUUAUCCUCCAACUCCGAUCCAACUUGAGACAUGAGAAAAGACCUUAGUCUUGGAUCAGGUUCUCUGAGAGACAAAGAUGUUGCCAAGCUGAUGUGAAAUAAUGGAAAAUGGGUUCUUGCCAUGUAUUUCUGCUGGUUAGUGAUUGGAUCGUACAGCUUGGUCUACACGAGAAAAACUCACAUCUUCCCACACCAAAAACCGUGUCCCUCCUUUCCACAAUCUGCAUUCAGAUAUACACAUUAGCCUAUGAACACUUUAAUAGUCCAUAGAAAUAUACACAUUUGUUGUCUUCUUCUUCUUUAUAGUAUAAUCCUAAAAUCAGACCUAAUAGGUGGUGAGAAAAUUUAACGUAGUUUUUCUCUCCUCUGCCUUGAUAACAGAGAUCUAUGGGUUUUAUUAACAAGGUUGAAUGCAGUUUUUGCAUAUUGUCCAUGAUUGUGUCAAAAGUUGCUUGCACAUUCAAUCGGGUUUGGUUGUGUAGGUUUCCUUUUUUUUUAGAAUCACUGAAUCUACAAACUCCUCUGCUCCCAAAUUGUUGUUUUGAAUGAAGACUUCCAAAAACAUUUUAUCACAUGACUGCUUAUAAUUCAGAAAGAUGUGAAUUUUACACUGUGGAACAACUCAUGCAGCUAAAAGUAAGUUAUGCAUUGUUUGUUUAAGUGAAAUAUGCCUCUUUGUCUUAUUCCCCAUCUCACAUUGCUGAUAGGAGAUACGCUUUCUAGCACAAUUAGUUCUUGUUUGCCAAGGUUCAAACGGUCACUCUGUGGAAUAGCUAAGCAGAUGGUCUGGCACGUGGCUUGGCCACCUUCGCUGUCUAGGUUUGCUUUUCCACAUUUAUGUUGUGUCUAAUUCUGUGAAGACAGACAAAGAGAGGCAGAGAAAAAAGAGGGCUAGACAGAUAGCAACAGAUAAAAGCAGAAAGAGAGACCAGAAAGCUGGUUAUGUGGUCAGUGACAUAGCUCAGCAUGUAUAGCCCAUCAUACUGAGUCUCUGAACUUCAAAGCUUUGUUUCUUGUCCAGUCUCAUGAAAGAAAAGCUUCUCCUUGAGUUUGAUAAUCUGACCAAUAAAUAUACAGUUUGCUUUGUUGGAUUGAAGAUCAGACAAUUUUAAUUAAGAGAGAUAAGUCAAUGUCCAAAAGAGUGAAGGUUUCGUUUAAUGGUUUUAAUGAGGAGGAGGACUGAUUGCUGGCCAGGCCUGCCGUUCUGUUCAUGUCUCAGUCCCAAGUCUGUUUUUUACUGGUGUUAACUUCAACCUUCUCAUGUAAUUAUCAGUUAGUUUAGGCCCAUUUUGCAGCAGUAAAAGCUUGUGUUGUUGAUUACAUUCAUAACUCUGCUCUCUCUGAUUGUCUUAGUCAACCAUAACAGCGUGGCAGCAUGCUAGUAUGCUGGAUAACAGGAGGACCCAAACUGAAGUCACUAUAUAGAAUUAAGCCAGGCCCUCACCAGAAUAUAUGAAAGCAGAAAUAAAUGUGCUCAAAUACAGCCAUCACUUAGACAGAUUAUGCACAAGUGUACUACAGGGUUGAGGCUGACUUCAUUAAAGGACAGAAGUAUAGUGUCCUUCCACCAAAGAAGUUACUGUAAAUCGGUAUGCACGUUCAGGUACUUGAAAUAUUUCCAUGUAAUGACUCACCAGAGUUCAUUUUGAAGUCAGCUUCAUGAGCAGACCUUCUGCAAGUCAACAUGCUCCGCUGGCAAUCACCUUGAAGUUUUGAAAACGUAAUAUCUGAGCAGGUCUGAUAUCAUAACUCACUGUCUGAUUAUUCAUUCCACAGAGCGGUUUCUAUGAUCUUGACUUAUAGAGUGGAUUCCAAUAAUCUGAUGAAAGUGCUCCUUCAUCUCCUGCCUCUCUGACAUGGGCUCAGCGCCAUUUAGCUUUCUCAAUUUGAACCAGAGCCAGAAAAGGUUUAAUUUCAGUGCUAAUGAGAUUUGUGUACCAUGACAUAAAUCAUAAACUUUAUGUAGUGUCGGUCCUAUAGAUAUCUGUAUACCUGUUAUCUCAGACUUGAACAGAUGUCCAUCAUGAAAAUGAAACAAAGCUGCAACAAACAUUCAUGUUGUCUAUUCAAAAUGACAAGAUAUGAUAGGUGGUGGUGGUGGUGUGGCUGUUUAAUAAGUAGUGUGGCUUUUAUACGAAGUCAGAAACCUGUCCUCUCCUCUUGUAUCAUUUGUAAAAAUGAAUACAUGUCAAGUCAGCGGCAUUGCAAGAAUAUUUUUAUUUCCACAAACCUACAAACUUUAAGAUAAUUCUGUUGAUUUUAGGUCAAGUAGAUCUGCUGACAUGGUCCUGUGGAGAAUUUAUCGCAAAGGGUGCAGAAGUACUCAAACACUACUGUUUAGUUUGCACCUCAGUUUUAAAGUCACUGCGUGGUUCACUUUUAGCACAGCAAGAGAAAGUAACUUGAUGCAUCAAAUGAAUUUUCCUUUAUUAAAAACACUUACACAUUGUCUAAACAGCAGCACCUACAGUUUAGGCUUCUAGGCCCGCUCAGACUACUUUAUAAAACAUGAUAAAAGAUAUAAAAAUAGAAUCAAGAAUUGCUGGUGUGGCUGCAGCCUUUUCUCAUGCUCCUCAUCCGUCUGCAAGUCAGAGCUUUGCUGCAUGAGUGGCUGACACACACAUAAACGUACACUGAUGCUCACACAAGUCCAGAAAUCAGCUACCUCUGCUGAAACCAGGUUUUUGUGAUCAGUUCUUGAUGACAGACCAACUCACCAGUGGGCCAUUUAGUUUUUACUUCUAUAACAUUGCAGGAGGCUUUAUUGAUAUUUUCCCCCUGAGUGAUGACUCAAGUGGAUGUCAUAUGGUCCACGUGCGAACUUGGAUUGGUAGGUUUGCAUCUGCACUGUACUGAAAAUCCCCAUCUGAAUGUGUACUUGUAAAUCCUAGUUUACAACCAUAUUCAUUAUUCCAACUUCCCAAGACUGCAAUAUCUUUAGGUGUUAAAUGAACAAAGGUAAAACAGCACGCAAACAUCCCAUGAAAUUUAAAAGAAACAACUAUCCUGGCAGCGACUUCAACAGUUUUUGCAUCCUUGAUUUCCAGUUUAUUCCCAACAGCACUACAACAUGCAAAAAGUGUUUCCAUCUACUCAGCCAGGAUUUUAAGCACAGAUUUUUCUUUCUUUUAUGUUUCAGUGCAAAAGUGAAACAAGUACUAAAAGACAGUCUGUUCCCAUGUCUCCUUGUGGACUUGGAGUAGUUGCUUGAUAAAAUGAAUUUCCCUGAGAGUGCAUUAAAAACAAGCAGUGUAUGGCUCUGCCUCUUGACCAAAUCACCUGGGGUUUGCAUUCUUGAAAUUCAAAUACUACAAAUAUGUUUAAUCUGGCUCUGUAUGUGUGAUCUUUUGGAUCUGAAAUCUGGCAGCAGACAGAAGUGUAUUUCUGUCGGGAUAAUGAUGUGUAGUUUAAAUGCUUCCUGGACUGAGAUUUAAUCUGUCUGAUGCUGCAGUUGUGGGUUUUUAGUUAUCGAAAAUGUCAAUCUUUAUCUCCAGACAAUUCUAGUAAGGUAGUGUGUGUGUGUGUGUGUGUGUGUGUGUGUGUGUGUGUGUGUGUGUGUGUGUGUGUGUGUGCGCUGCAGGCAGGUGGUUGGACAGAGGGGAGUUAAUCUCUGUCUGCUUGGAGCCUCCUCUGCUCCUCCUCUCUGUCUGCUUUUUUCUUUGUGUCUAAAUAUUUCAUCAUUCUUUGUUGGUCGUUUUAGUCCUCUCUCCUUCUAUCUUUUUCUUAUCUUGUCUUCUCUUUCACCUUGAAUCCCCUUUUCUUUCCUUCAAGCUCAGCAUUUAUCUCUGUAUCUCUUCUGUCACUGGGACAGGCAUGUUUUCUUUUGUUCCUCCAUCUUUCCUUUGGACUUUUCCUGAACAACCCCCCUCCGUCAUUGGGGGUGCAGGGCCCAGCUUGCAUCAUUAUGCUCCAAAAAGCAUGUGGCAGCCUCUCCUGGGGGAAAAUGAAAAGCAAGCACCGGGAAGAUGAUUAAUUUAGACAUUUUUUUCUGGUUUUCAUGACUUACCUUAUAAGUGGAGUGAGAAGGUGUCUCUCUGUUGUGUUUGAAGUCAAGAUAUUGUAUGAAUAAGGAUGGAUGAGGAAAAUAAAACAGUAUUGGUAGUUAUUAGAAUAUCAGGUUAAUAAAAAUCCAUAGCAACAACAUCAUCUGAAAGAUAAUACUCCUGUCAGCAAUCUCCUCAUACCCCUCAUAGAUGAGUUGAUGGAUGGAUUCCUGCACACCCACUCCUCUGUGUACUUGUGCUCUGUUAAGUGCCCUUCAGGUUGGUUCUCUGGGUUUCCUGUCCUUGGGCAGUGUGCUCUUUGCAUCAUUACCGCUGCUUAAUGGGGCUGGCUCUAGGCCUGAGAGCUGCCAUUAGCUGCAGCUCCUGCAUCUCCUGUCAUUAUCACACAGUAAUACCCUAUUAUCAUGAACACACAAGCUCAUACAGCAAUGACAAGUGUUCCAGCAGACUUAUACGAAGGCUAAUCUUUCACUUUGUCUACUUUAUUUACAGUUGUCAUCAAGAUACACGUUACGAUGUGUUCGACUUUCAUGGUCUUGAUUUGAUACACAAGCUUUUGCUUCUUCCUGUCAGUAUUUAAACAGCAGUUCUUCCUCUCUAUAACCUCUGUUAUCUCAUAGCAGACUGAGCUUGCCUGCAGUUCAUGUACAAAUGAGUUGAAAGGCUGCAUUUAAUUUUUUGCCAUCCCAGGGUUAAGCUUGAGCCGCAGCUUAGAAAACCUCAGUGAUGUGUCAGCUCAAAUGAUUGGAUGUUUCUUCAUUUGUUGCAGUAUUUUCUUACAGCCUCACAGAGCUCACAGACAACAUGAUAUCUACCAAGUUCUUCAGCUCCAGUUUUAAUUAUUCUGAUGAUAAGCAGCUACAGUAUCUGUUGUGUUAGUUUAACAUGUAAGCUUGCUAGCCUUUGCUUCUUAAUGGUGCAGAUGAGUUAAAGCUAUGUCUAUUUUUAGGGGUGGGAGAAAAAAAUUAAUUCACAUAAGUAUCGCGUUUUUUUUUUUUACAAUUCUUAAAUCGAUUUUCAUGUUCAAAAAUCAACUUACAUGUGAUGCAUAUUUUUUGGGGGAAAUAGGGUUCCUGGAAUAGUCAUUAGACAAUCAUAAUCAUUCAACUGUUUCACUGGUGUUAACAAUGCAAUCGAAUCAGCGUCCAAAAAAUCGUAGAAGAAUCGAAUUGGGAGAAAAGCAUAUCGUCCCAGCUCUACCUGUUAGUAUGUUUACAUGCCGUCCAAUAUAAUUGAUAUAUUACCUUUGUCCAGUCAAAACCUGGAAACAUCAUAGUCUGGCUGAAAUAACUGACUAACAUAGCUGGAUAAUGUGGUUGGGGAUUUGGUUCCCCCUGUUAUGUAUAUCACUUAACCAGACUGACAUUUAUUCAUUUUUGUUGAUUUAUUUGAUUUCCAAAAUUAGCAACCUAUUUUUUACUAUCGAGGCCCCACCGUCCAAUCUUUAAAACAUAAACUCUCACAUGAAUCUCACAUCCCUCUCUGUAUGCCAUCACUAACUGCAUGGGAAAAGUAACUGAGACAUAUUCCCCUGAUAGUCCAGACCGGCACAAUUCUCCCACGCAGCACAUGCAGUUAAACAAUUGCACCUGCAGGGCUCCUCUGGGACUUUUUAACAGACAUCAUGUGGGUAAAUAUGCAGUUCAAAGUCUUUGUUAUGCAGGGGAAUACUGCAGCACUGCAAAUGUAGCACAUGCAGUGCUGCAGGUAUCACCACCCCCACCCUCCACCUGUCAGAAGUCUUCAUGAGCUAGCAUUGCUUGGCAGGUUGACAUUAAUGAUAGGAAAGACUUCCAUUUCACCUAACCCCACAGUUUAAUGAGAUGUGUUACAGUUGAGCUGUUACUGUGCAUUUCUAUGUGAUCUGAAUAGUUUUAGAAACUCCAGAAUUGAUAUAACAGACAUUAAGGGGUUAUAUAAUUGAUGCUGAGUGAGUUUCAAGAGCUCCUCCGACCACUCUUUUUCAGCUGAUUGAAAUGAAUGCAGGUCAAAUAGCAGAUUACCUUUCCAACAUUCCUUAACUGGCCAUCUGGAAAAUCCAACUAGAGCCCAGAUGGAUGGAUUCAGUUUGGGUUGCUUGAGCAGGUGUGUUAAAUCUAUUCUGCUCUAUUUUAUUUUAUUCCAUUUUCUCACAGCUGCUCUCUCCUGCAGGGUUGGCUGGGCCUGACUUCUCAAGAAAACUUUUCACGCAUGACAAAUGUUUAUUCUGUGUCUGGCUUUAUGCAUCAGAUUUUAAAGUAAGAGUUUAUUUCAAAGUGUGUUUGUAGUCUAAAGUCUCAUGGGUGCUUGUAAGUACACCUUGCAGUGAGGUGCAAACUUCUCCUUUUAUUGCCUGCUCAUGUUUUUGUCAUGACUCAACGGAGCUGUCUGUCACCGUUGCCAACAGAAGGCUAACUCUUUUCCUCGAGCUGCUGUGACUCAAUGCAAAACCUCUCAAUGUGUUUUUCAUUUCUCUCAACACGGUCCAAUGAUAUUGGUUAUUAUCCAUGUGAAAUAUUUCAAAUAGAUUUCUAACGAGGUCCUCUUAUUGCAGGUGAAACCUGAAGGUUAAGUAGCCUCAUCUUUAGCAAAUUUCUGCAUUGCAUUUAUAUAAAGUGGUUUAAGUGGAAUAAAAUAAAGCCUGGUUCUCUCAUUAUUCACUUGUUGGACUGUGUAUUUUGCAGCCUCUAUCAGUGAAUCAUCCGUAUUAUUUUCUAAAUUUCCAUAGACCAGCUCUGCUACAUUUCCUCUUUGUGCUCUUUUAGUGCCAGGCGAACAUUGCUGCUGUUACUGUUUAGUUCACAUCAAUUUGACUUUCACUCUCCAACGAAAAUAGACAAGUAAGUGUCAUGUCACACCAAGAGACUCAUUCAUGGUGCUGCUAUGAAGUAGAGAGUACUGAAAAGGGUACCAGCAGCUGGUAAGAAAUACUGAUAUGCCAAAAAAGUCCCUGUAUGCCAAGGGGGUUACAUUUUGAAGUGGUGGUACUACUAAGUGGAGCAUACCAACUUAUUUAGAUCUCUGUUUGUAUGUGAGAAAACUCAGAAGAGCUCCAUAUCGCUCUAUAUUUUCUUUUUCAAGGCAGGUAGCUAGCUAUGACCAGAUUUUUUUCAGUAUUCACUUUCUUUUUCUCAGCACAAAUUACAAUGAUCAGACUGGUUUGUGUACAGGGUGUGUCCACAAAAUGUGUAUAAAAACCCAAAACAAAACCCCCAAAUUCUUUGUAACCUAACUCUGGAUAGGUACUACAUCACCAAAAUCCUUUUCCACAUCAGUGGGAUACUUAAGCAACAGCUAGCUUGGAAAAAUAUGCUUUUACUUAGUUUGGGGGGCGAAUCUUCCUUUUCAACCUCUCUUCAUUCAGUAGUUUGAGUAAAUUUUAAACAGAGUACUUUUAAUAGUACUUAGGUAAAAUCACAGUGUUGUAGUUUAUCUUGUGAUUUAUCCACCUCUGUCUGAAAUGAUCAUCAAAAACUUACAAUUUUGCUUAAAAUAAUUAUUGAAUCAAUAAUGUAUUUGGUUUUAGAGUCUUGCACAAACAGUUUUACCCUCACUGCAAUUCCACAUAUCUCAGAAUGAUCUAACCUUAUAAGCGAUAACAAACAUCACUUGUUAUAUUCAAAAUAAAAUGUGUGUUUGGGGGACGAUAGAGUCAGCACUGCUGCACAGAAAAAGGUUUUCACCGACUGUCAGCUGUAGCCAGAUGAAUGCAAAUACUCUGCUCUGACAAUCUCCAUCUCUAGAGCACACAAAAGCCUUUUAUGAACCUCAGUUGUCCCAUCAGGCAUCGCUGUAGCAGAGCAGAAAAUAUUCCACCACUUGAGCCAAGCUGUGACACUUCCUGUGUAAGUGAGAACUGGAGAUCCCACUUCACGCUGAGAGAAAAUUUGGCCUGAAGAGCCAAUAGAACGUCUCUCUUUUUGGUGAUAUUUACUCCUUAAAGAGAAAGGAAGUCGUCAUAAAUGAGUGUACAGAGUCACUGCCAAGAGGGGAAGAAGAAACAGAUCAUGGCACAGUGGCUGACAGAGCUCUCUAUGUCUGAGUGACAGGAGGUGCAGUCGUCCUGUGGAUUUCUCUUUUGUAUCUCUGAAUACGAGUUCAGAUGGUUCCACUUCCUUAUUUGGCACCAAUGAUGAGGAAAAUCUUGAUUGAAAUGAUUUAACCCAUUGAUUUACUUUGAUAGCGUUUGAAUGGUCUUUUAUGGCCCAUAAUGAGUCUGUAUGCUGUCAGUGAUUCUGUACAGUCUGAGAUGAGAGUGGGCAUUUGGCUGCAGCUGGGAUGAUGGAUAAGCAGAGCCUUGUGUGGUUGUUUUUCUUGCAACAAUACAAAUUUCGAGGUUUGUAGAAGUAUUACCACUAUUUUUGUUGUGAUUAUUUAUUUACGAGGUUGUUUUAAACUGAGAAAAAAAGACAUCUUGCUUCAAGGAUGUUAGAAAGAGGGGUUAAAAUCUCAAAGAGAGGACAGAGGAAGAGGAAAGAUUGAGUGCGCACAGAGCAGCAGCGGUGCCUUGAAGCAAGACGUAAAGGAAAGUCAAUAAACACACUCCUCUCUGGAGUGGUCCGCCUUCCAGCCAUGAGCACUACAGUAAAUGUACACUGGUGCAAACAGACAACAUAUGGGCAGACAUGGACGCAGGCGCUAAAAAAAAUGCACAUGCACAACACAUAAUAAAUGCUAGAAACAAAGUUUACGACAGACACAGAGACACACACACACACACACACACACACACACACACACACACACACACACACACACACACACACACACACACACACACACACACUCUUACAAAGCAAGCUAAGAGACCAAUGAAAACCUCCUUCACAUAAACCUGCAGGGCUCCACCCACAUUACAAACACACAGACAACCGUCAGGGGAUGCAAUUUUCACCGCAACACCUGCUUCUGAGUACUGACCUGACCUGGGGGUUGGUUUACUUUAGAGAGUAUCUGUAGUAAAAGAGCAGAAGAGCUGGAGCUACUCUCACAAAAGAGUAAACCAGCUACUUCCAAUCUUUAAGUGUGCGUUUGAACAGAACUCAGAUUUACAGAUCCACUCAUGUUAUUUUUCAGCUGUGGGGAAAAAAAGGCUUGACCUCUGUUUAUUACAAGAUUUAAUCAUUGUUCCCAAUAAAGUCAUACUUAAAAACAGAAACAGACACUGAUGCUCAAAUGAACUCCAGCUAUUUCAAGACCUGCUUGUUGCUUGUUCAAUCCAACCAUGGUAACACAACAUUUGUAGUGUAUGAUUCCAUUGAGUUAUCAGACAUGAAGCAGAGUCCAACACACCCCUUAACUAAAACAGUAACAGCAGAUUAACCUGACAUAACCUUCCACAAAGUGUGGGAGUAUGCAGAUUUUUCAAGACUUCUACUUUCCUGCUAAGAUUAAUCGACCGUGCUGACGUGCUUGUGCUUUCAUUGUUUGACAGACUGUCAGAUCAGACCAGUCCAUUUACUCAGGAAGAAUUGGGCUUUCAUUAUGAGUCAGCUCAAACUUGUGAUCAAAUAAAACACAGGUAGUUUUCAAAAUGUAAAGUGCAUGACUCACCAGAAAAUGUCAUGUUCAAGCUUUCAUCCAGCCACUGCUGCUAAGCAAAGCAUAUUCAGUGGAAUAAUGUCAAACAGCCAUUGAUCUGUGCUAUUGCUAUUCUUGUUGAGGUUGUGGAUCUGACUUUGUGUGUGAGAUCACGUCAAACAUGGCAGGUGUAAGGAUAUAAGGAUAUUCUUGCAGAGUAUAGUUACAACCCAAAAAACUGAGCCUGGGUUCCACAUGCACCACUGAUUGGCUGAAAUCUUUGGUCUUAAGGCGUGUUAAGUGCUGUAAAUCCAGUGAUUUUGUCUUAUGUAAACUUCUGCAGUUCUUAAAGGGAUAUUCCAAUGUAAAAUUAAUUUAGGGUCAAACACACUGUAACACCAAGUUAGACACCCCUCCGAGAGAUGCCACAAUUAAUGCUCAGAACAGCACCUAACUUUAUCAACAGUACAUAUAGAGUCUCAGCCAUAGUACUAGCCACCAAACAUCUUUUUAGCUUUUCCUGGUUUCUUUAGCAAAGAGACUAAACCCAACUCACCUACUCUCUUUCAGCAGCCGCUUUUUUGAAGGGAGAGCUCGGACUCGUCCAUCCCCAACUGCAGCGGGGGGGUUGCACCUCAAGGAAGAACAUUUAUGAUCAUGCAGUCGGCAGCAUUCAUCUCUCAACGGGGUGACCCGAACUUAAUUCUAUGUCAGAAUAUCCCUUUAAAUAUCUGUUGCUUUUUUCUUCAUGUAUCUCUUUGUCUCAGUUGUGAUGAUGAUUUACAGGUGACUUCAAUGUUCUGUGUGUUCAAACUUGAAGACUUUUCUCCAAACUGUCCUACUCUUGCUGUUGCUCAGUUGUUUUUCUUCUUUGUGUUGAACAGCUUAUAGAAAACCACUGUAUACUGUGUCCAAUUGUAAAGGCUUCAUGUGGUUCAUAUUGAAAUGAAAGCAGCUUUCAUUGAUUUUGAUAAAACUGUGUUAUCUGAAGAGUGAAUUGUAGAAAAUGUUCCCAUUGUGUGCCAACAACUUAAUAGACCAAUGUAUAUUUUGCAUCCCCAGUUUUUGGCAUGUAAAACGUAACAAAACAUAGCAAGAUGGCUGCCAUGGUUUAUAUAACAAAGCAUAAAAAUCAACUUCUUUCUACAGUCAGAAAAAAGGUGAAAAAACAAAACACGAGAUGUGAAAGCUACAUUUAUAUAACCAAAUAUUUUUCCAUGGUCGCUCCUGUUUUAUCAGCUUCACAGUUAAUAUUAAUAAUGCUUGAAGGUGAAACACUGUUAUCUGCUACCAUUUGUACUUUUGAGAUUUGUCAGUACUCCCAGUACUGCCAUAUAAGUUAAAUUAAAUCAAAAUCUAAGACAGGAUUCAGUGCCUUUUGUUGGAGCUACUGUGCAGGUUUUUAGUUACACUCACAGAAGAGCCAGAGGACAUUUUUCUCAAGCUCUGAGACAUCUUUGGCUUGUUUAGUUUCUUAUUGAGAACAGGCUUUUCUACAUUCCUUGUCCUUGCAUGUUUCACAUCUAAAGAAAAGCCUCUCUGACGGUCUUUAUCGUGAUGUACUUUUUCUGCAAGGUCAACAGUAGCAGGCCCUCCUUCUGGGGUGCACCUGUCCCCACAUGAUUUCAGCAGAUUUCACACCUGUGGAGUGAGGGAUUUGAGUCAGAAAGUUUGAGGAAAGAGAUUAAAAGAUGGGAAGACUGAGGGAGUGAAAACCUGCUGGUAGUGCUGGGAACCAGCCAGAAAGGCCUUGUGAUUCCAAACAAGCUGUGGGUGGGAGAGGAAGGAGGAUGAAUGGCCACUACUCAACCACUGCUGCCGCUGCUGCUCUACCCAAGCUGGAUGGGCUGUGGGAGAGACUGAGUGGCAGGGUGAAAGAGGGAAAAGGGAAAGAGGAGGAAAGGGGGGAGUGUGAGCCCUCCAGCUAUCAGUAGCAGCAGUAGGAGGAGAAGAGAGUUUGAAGGGGAGGAGGGAGAAAAACAUGAGUGAGAAGGAGGUAGAGCAGACGUAGGCUGGCUGCUUGGAUUUGAAGGGGAAGGAAGGAAGAGAGGAGAUUCUGGCUGCCUCACUUAAACAGGAGGUUGGAUGUUUGCAGGCAGAAAAGGCCGCAGAGACUCUGUGACAGUAGUGACACUUGUAAGGUAAGACUACAUUUUCACUCAGGAGUUGAUGGGAACAUAUUGUAGUGUCAAUACUUUUUUGAAGAAAGUUUUUUUUUUUGGUUUCUACAAGAAGUUUUGUGGGUAAUGUAAGAAGAGUGUGUGCAAAAUGAAGAAGACGUCACCCUUUUAAAACCCCGGGGGGAAUUAUCCUCAUAGCAUGCAAGUCUUGUGAUCAAAAAGAUACAAAGACAUGUCUUCUUUGAGUUUCUGUGAAAUGGCAUGCCUCUGUCCUUGGUGUCGCUGUGUGUUUUUAUGCCUCCAACCCUCAAGAGAUAAGAAAGACACAAACACACACAGACAUCCUCUCUGUGCCAGACUCCUGAUGACCAAUGAAUGAGCAUCCUUGUAAAGAGAGCUCAAAACAGACUAGUCCACUCUCUCCUUCCCCUCUAAUCGUCCCUCAGGCCACUCUCUGCUGCUCUUCUGUUCCAUAUUAAUUCUUUAACAAGCUGCCAUUAUGCUGCUCAUACAGACAUGGUCUCACAGCAGUCAGUCUGGAUCAGAAUAGGACAAGGGUGAGACGGUUAUGUGCUAUCAGUGGCUUCACAUGUGCAGAGCUGCUGCUAAUAUUUGCUGUCCUUAUUGAUUCAAAACCUCUACUUGGAGAAUCGUUUUCAUGUUGCUCUUUGUUUGAGCAAAAUCUCAUCCUGCUGACUUUUAACACUCAAAUAUAUCAUUAAUUGUGAAUUUUUUGUGUAGAAAUGGUAAAAAAACAGGGAUGAUUCUUUAGUUUUUGGCUCAUGUUUACUUCUUGCACAGGUUUCAAAUAUUAAAAGUUAUAGCAUUAAAUUCUACACCUUUUUGAUGGUUUUGUUUGUUUUUGGAAAUCUAUUUCUAACACAUCAAAAAUCCCUCAAAAGAGCUUUAAACUAUAUUAAAUGUUCAGGCUUUAUUUUGGUUUUUUUUUUGCUUUCUUUUGCUUUUUUUUUGCUAAAAGAUCCUCUUCAUGAGUGUUCUGAUGUAUACAUAUUCAAAACAAGUGUAAGGAUUUUUCAAUUAGCUUUGUAAUGGACCAAAGUUAUUAUUUAGGCCUCUGUUUGACCUACAAAACCAAACUCUACUAUAAGCAACAAGACUGUCUAUUUCUGUGUAGUUAUUGUUAGUUUAUGAAACCGUUGACGUGCACAUCUGGAUGACUAAAAGAUUGAACAUCAGUCCCCUCUCAAUAGUCAGCUGCGAUUACCAGUUUAGGGGGUUAUGAGUUACUUUAUUAUUUUAGUCCUGAUAGAUGUUGUGUCUAUGCUGUAGCACACACACUCUUGUCAACAGUUGGGGCUGUGGGUGGUGUUACUGAUACUGUACUGCUAUAAUACUCUACAACCUGCAUGUAAACAAGCACAGAGUGUGACCCAAUCAGGCAGUAUUAUGAACCAGGAGAUGAGGUAGUAUGUGGGUGUUGACCUGCAGGGAAGUCAUUUACUACAAAACAUGCCCAUAUGAAACCACUGCUGCAGAGUAGGUGUCAGGUUAAGUGAUCAACUACAAGCUGCCAUAAUAGCUUUUGUUCACAAGGUCAAAUCUUUUUGUUAAGUGGGGAUAUUUGAUUGCUGAAAAAAAGCAGGAUAAGAUCCUUUAAAAAAAAAAAAAAACACUCCAACAUUUCACACAAAAUCAGGUAAAUAAGUAAGAGACAGACGCUUCAGUCUUUUUUUAUACAGUUCAAAGGUUUAUAAGCGGUGUGUUUCUUUACCUGUUAAUUUGGAGCCUACUGUCACUUCUCUGUGUGACAUUUGUAGGGGCAAAAACUAGGUUAAAAAACUUGUUUGGACUGUUUGUGCACCUCUGCAUACCAUAUUUUGUCGUCACAUGAGUAUCUUAACUGUCUUGUUCUUUGUUUAGGGAGAAUGUAAGUUGGCAGGAAUAUGACCGGCGUGCAUCUGGUUUAUAUAGAUUGGCAGCAGGUAUAGGGCCUGUGUUUUCCUGUAGGGCUCUAUGGAAGAAAUUAGAUAUAGGGGGUCGUGAUUUGUUUCACUGUUUAUUUGUUUGGGAUAAAUAAACCACAAGAAAACACAGAAACAUCUGUUUAACCAGGACUCCUCUUGGCCAUAUGCAUUUCACUCACGGUUCAUUGUUUGUGUUUCAGCUGGAAGUUUGGAUGGUUGUAGACAAAUAGCAACGAAAGCUAACAGAAUAGAUUGUGUCGUAUAAACCCAGCGUGUGUAUGUGAAAUCUCGCUGCAAGAGAAUGCUGCAAUAACCUGAUUUUAGAGGAAUGAAGUGUAGUUUAGAGUUCACGCUGCUUCAGGAUCAUUGUUAGAGCGCUCAAGUGAGAGCAAUGGGACCCCCGCGCUGUUGGAGCUUCCUGGAUGCCAUUUCUCCAGGCUGGUUUGAGACCUAUACAGACAGAGAAAGACAAUAGCAGCAGCAUGGUCUGAGGAUGUUUCUGUUUGCAUGAGUACACCACUCCCACCAGUUCCCCUCCACAUCCCAAGAACAAUACUGAAUAGAGGAUUGCCUGAUGUCAUCCUGCAUUACUGCUACUGAUCUGACAAGAGUCACACAUCCUCUUCUGUCAGUUUCAACAAAUAUUAAAAUCUAAUCCUAGCAGAAAAUACUUGGAAAUGUAGCAACAUUUAUUAGCAGAAGAAAAAUCACCUCAACUUUUCUCUCAGGUCAAAGGGGAUUACUUGUCCGCUUCCUGCGUCUGGGUCAACUUUUGAGUCUCUCGCCAGAACCAGCUUAUGCCAAAAAAAAAAAAAGAGCUUUUUAAAUGCAUUCUUGUGGUGGAGAGCCAAACAAAAGAAGCAUCUCGAGUCCAGCGUAACCACUCCUCUUUUGUUGUGUGCACUGACUGCAAACAAAGACUGCUUUUCUGUUGUACGAGAACCCAAACAGAAUGACAGCGGCAGGAAAUGCUGCAAUCUGCUCUGCACAACAGAAAUUAAUCAUUAUGGUUUACACGGCUGUCUAUGCAGUGAUGAACUUACUUGGAAGAAAUGCUUUUCCAUGACAUUAAUCACCGUGUCUGAGGCAACAUGAAACUCUUUUCAUCCAUUUUUCACCCUUCAGACGUCUCACACUCUAGACCAAUCUGGACAGUUUCCCACAACUGUAUGUGUGAAUGUUAUCAUGUCUGCACAGAUGGGACGGCCCACCCUGCAACUGUGCGCUUAGGAGCUGAGAAUUUGACAUAAGGCUUCUCUAACGCUUGUGAAUUAGCAUCAUCGAUUUGCCAUAACUGACCAUGGAUAAAUGUUAUUCCUUUAGAUUCGUUUAAGUGAACAGCACAGAUGGUACAAAAUUAAAAUUAAACAUCUUAACACCUAAAGAAAGCCUGUUAUCCAACCAAAAUAAGCCAAUUAGUGUUUUUUUGGUAGAUAAAUCACGAUGAAAGCAUCAUCCCUAAAAAAAUUAAACAAAAAAAAAGAAAAUAAAUUAUCUGUCAUUUUAAACAUUUUCUGACAUUUUUAUUAACAGGUGACUAUAACACAUUUAAAACAGUAAGACUGAUUUAUGAAUAAUUAAAAAAUGUGUGAUAAUUAUUUCAUGGAUUUAAGAAAUUCGCCUCAUGAUUGACAGUCAUUUUCAUGGCAGCCUGUCACAGAACCAUAUCCAACCGUGUUCUCAAAAAAUGGUCACCCCUGUUUUUUCCAAAGAAGGACAUGAAACCGUAAAGGUCAAAGUGCUGAUUUAGAGGCUUCGCAUCACAAUGGAAAAAUCUGGUUCUCUUUGCCAGUCUUUGGAACAACACAUAGUAUUAAAAAAAAAAAUGUCUAGAGUACUUUAACAGAACGUUCUGGCAAACUUAUUUUUCUGUUUGUUUAUUUUUCUCAGAUGUCAUGGCGUCCGACCUACCGAAGCUCCAAGUUUCGAAAUGUCUAUGGGAAAGUAGGGAAUCGGGAGCACUGCUUCGACGGCAUCCCCAUCACCAAGAACGUCCACGACAACCAUUUCUGUGCCGUCAACUCCAAGUUCCUGGCUGUCGUCACCGAGAGUGCCGGCGGGGGGUCCUUCAUUGUCAUACCUGUGGUCCAGGUAAUCACGCUCUUCACCCGCUGUUUUUUCUUAUGCUUGACUGUACACUGACAACCCCAACCCCAACCCACCAAUACCCAUAUUAAAAUGCCAAUCUUCACAGCUGAAGUUCACAGUCUUGCACUAAAAACCAGUUUUGGCCUGAAUAGCUUCAGUUCAUAGUUUAAAUACUCAUUGUUCAAAAUUCACAUUGAGUCCUGUAAAUAGUUGUUGUACAGAUUGAGCGAUCCAACAGGAGUAAAAGCAUUGGUUUGUUGUGGCCUCUCAUGCUUCAUUCUUGGUCACAGGUUGUUUAAGGGGUUUUGUUCUUUGUGCUGUUUUACAACACAAUAAAAUCUGAACUUUCAAAGCAGUUUUUCUCAGAAAUUCACAUCCUUCUGUUGUGGAGCCAGAGUCUAAAGCCAGACCUGUAAAGAAAGUGAGAUUGCUGUUAUGUUUAUAUACAGGGCAGGCUGGUAAUACCCUUAAAGAAGACAAAAGGCCAGUGUUGUUUUGAAAUGUGAAAUUUUAGUGUGUGUUUCUUUCUACUGGCACUUUUCUUCACAUUUGGUUGAUACAAUCUGCCACAUUCUUUUGCAGAAUCAUUUGAUGUUAUAUGGAGAUACAUUUGUAAGGUCUUAUGCAGAUAAAAAUGUGAUUAAAAGUAAUCCAAGAACUACAUGCAACUGAAAAUUUGGGUAUGGUGGUUAGUGCUGGCUUCAAAUAUCUUUUUUUUUUUUCAUUUCAGAUGUAUUUAGUUCAGUGGUAAAAAGAUAGUGAUCCAUUAAGUCCUAAGAUUGGUUUUUCAACAAAUUCCAUUUCUUGUGAGUGGCCUCUGUCUACAAGACCUGCCUGAGUAAGAUCUGACCAUGUUAGACAUUGUUUUUUAAAACUAGCAUGGCAGGACGCCGAGCGUCUCCACUGAAGGCACCAACAAAUAUUAAAGUUCAAACCUUAAAGACAGAGGGGAGUUGGACAAAAGCAAGGUCCAGCAACACUGAGGUAAAACAUUGUGGAAUUAUUGCAUAUCUUAGAAACCAUUAAAUAAGGCAGUAUCCUGAUAUACCAUCUGCAAAAAUAUACGAUCUGAGACAAACUCUGCUGAAGGAGGCACUUUUGUUAAAAAGUUACCACCCAGCUGUCCCUACCAUCCAAAAAUAAAAACCAAGGCCGCUGGAUCUGUCACAUGCAUGAAUGUGUGUCUGUACCAACAUAUAAAUACUCGGCUGAAGUUACCUUAAACCUUUAACUUUCUGCAAAGGAGAAAUCAAGUGUCUCUAUCAUAAAGUCCAAACCUUGUUUUGACAAAUUAAAAUAGUAAAUAGAUGGGAUGUAAUACCAUCAACAUGAUAUUAGGAAUGCAGGUAUGUAGGUGCAAAGCCAAAAGUCCAGCAUAAUAUUUGCUUGUGUAUCUCUUAGAAAGGACAUUCAGAACUGUCUGAAGCAGCUACAUCAGGUUAGGGUUGACAGAAUAGUUUAUGUGAGAUUAUGUAAUCAUUAUGCAGUGGAAAAAUAUAAAUAUAUAUUCAAGUGACUGCUUUGGGGUUAAUUCUUGAUGUAAACCUCAAUAUUUUUUUAAUGCAGCCAGUUUGAAGGUUCCCAGUACAUCUAACAACAUUAGUUUUCUGAGAGUCUCUUUCAUACUGGAACAAAGUUGGCAUUGUAUGUUUAAGUUUCCUUAAAACCAAUUGAAUCGAAUCAGAAAUCAGAAUUGGGACCUUGACAAUCUGAGUCAGAUCCAUGGACGUUAUGGUGCAGAUACUUAGCCCAAGUGGUGGUAUUAGUUUUGAUUUAGGGAGUGUAGAGGAGGAUUAACACUCGAUUAACAAGAUUUUAUUCUCUGUAUGGGGCUGUUGCUGUGAUUUAAAUUUGUCACUCUGAUGAACGCCUCACAUUUGGAUGUUUAGAGUGCAUCUUUCUCCUCUUUAUGAACAACAGAGCGGGCCUGAGAAACUAAGAAGUGCUUUGCCUCUUUAAGAGACACUCUUGCCAAGAUACUCAAAAUGCUCUUGGCUGCAAAGAGGGUCGAGUCAGGCUGUUAUCGGGAAGGAAAAAAAGUAUUCAGUAAGCUGAGCUGUUCUGCUGUCUGAGGAAAGCAGGGGGACCUCAGCUACUUUUUAACUUACAUCAUCAUGUGCUUCUGUAUGGAGGUCAGGGAUGGAAAACGACAGCUUAGAGGUCCCUAAACCAACAGUGGUGCUUACUACCAGAUUAAUGGACUCUUCGCACUAAUGCCUUACUGUACUUUUUUAUAUAUUGGUAUAUAUUUCCUUUCUGCCUGUAGUUGUUAAUAGUUCAUGCUAGAAGAAGCUGUUUUCAAUUUUUUUUUUACCAGUGAUAACAGAUAAUUUUCAGCUACAAAGCUACUUUAACAGAGUUAUCGCACCUUAUCAUUUUGAAUAAUAAUGAGCUCUUAAGUUGGAACAGUUAUUUAUUACAUAACUUUAUAUUCUACUGUUUUUCCCCCUGCUGUUUAUUGACUCCCUGACCCCAACCAGCUCGAUCGAUUUCCUGCCCCGUCAAAGUAUUGCACUUAGGCAUUUCCGCUGCUUUUCGCUGAGGUGACAAGUUCUCAAAUGGAGUUUAUCAUAUUCAGCAGCAGCAGAUGACAGCUUCUGCGGGACGACGGCUGCUGUUUCAUACAGUAUUCUUACCUCAAAACAACAUAUCAGCACUGUGAAGUGAGCUCUUGUAUAAGACAGUUACAUAAGAGGUGAUUUCUUGAUUUCAUUUGAGUUUCAUGUGGUGAUCGUGAAAUGCAAUAAGCUGUAAACAUUUCAUUCUUUCCUGCAGAAUACCGGAGGGGAGCUUUCCUCGAGUUUCUGCUGAGAAGAUUGUGUUAAAAGUAAACGUGUGCAGGCGAGUGUUUGUGGUGACUUCUGUAGGAGGAGAGUAUUUAAGUCAUGUAGGUGGUCUUAACAUUCUGGGCGUUAAAUUUUGAAUUAAAUGGUGUAUCAACCACACACCUACAACGUUCUUGAUGAGGUUCAAUGUGGCUUAAUGGAAAGUGGAUGAGGGUUGACACAGAGAAAGGAGUUAAUCAAAGUGAGAAAUCAAUGACAGGGGCUAAAUUCAAACAAGGAAACAGUCUGGUAUGCAGGGGGAAGUCACACUUUAACCAGAAUCAAUAACUUGUUCAGUAGAAGUCUCCAUCACACAGCCUGCAGAGUGCCAUACCUCUGAGGCCACCAGGCUGAAAAACAUGCAAAGUUUAAACCGAGGACUUGAUUAUUUUAAAACCAUUAAAGGAAAAAUAAAGUUCACUUCUACUUUCUCGUCUUUGUCGAAUGUGAAAUGACAAAUGUGCCAAUUAGAGUGAAGCUCCUCCUGCUCCGUUACAUACACAAACAAAUCAGCAGGGUGUUCAGCUAAUGGUGUGGUAAGAGGUGUGAGUUUGGCAGACAUGUUCGGACGACAGCCGGCGAGACAGCCAUAUGGUUACCCCCAGACAACGCUGCUAGCAGGCAGAGGGACUACCGCUGGCACCACCUGGUGCACAGACAGGCCCCAAAAUUGACAGAUAAGGUCACUAACACCUCUUCCUCACUUCAGACAAAGAGCCUGGUGGGUGUGGUCCUUUGUCACAUUCACUGACACAACACCCCCUGUUUAAUCAUACUAGAAAGAGAUAGAUAUUAUUGAAAAAAAAUAGUUCAAUCUACUUUUAUGUUAAGAGUGUCCUAUAUUCUCUUGCUCUUGUUAGCACCUUUGGCUCUGAGAGACUGUGACUGGAAAUUUUUAGGUAGUUUAUCAUUUUCAUUGGCAAUUUCACGAACUCUAUUUAGCAAUGAAUAUAAAAGUGACUUGCCACAAAUAUACUCAGCAAGGAGCCCGUAAUUUUUCUAACCCUGGGUUUUGCCUUAAAACAUCAUGUUAUACUUAUAAGAUUUGUGUGAAAUUUCAUGAUAACCUCGAUUUAAGACCACAGCCAAUAGAGGAAGUACACAUGAAUGGGUUAGCUUGAUGAUCUACAGUAAAUAGGAUGUUCAAUCAGGCUGAUUAAUGGCGUUUUGAUAUAAUCAACAUUGGCUGUUCUCACUGUUAUCUUCUUUAGACAAAAGCACAUUUUUCCAUCCUGAAUGACAGCAAAUCAAAUCUAAAACAGUCACUGCCUAGUGUUAAAUGUUAUUUUUAUUAUGAUGUACAGUAUAAUGUGAUUAAAUACUGCCUCUGGCAUAUAUACCAGCCAUGUUCCGGUUUCAUGUUCAUCUUUUUAGUUUUUAGCCUGGUCGUCAUAGACAAGGCUGUAGAGGCAAUGUAGAGGCAGCACAGGGCACCAUUGAUCCAGUGACAGUGACCAGAUCACCUGACUGUUCCAACCCUGCAGACCCGAUGAUGAUGCAGCUAGUUGGAAAGUACCAACAACACAUGUGAUAAACCACUACAUCAAUACAGAUACUCAAUCUUAUUAACUCAGUAUCUCCUUUUUAAGUUAAGGGAGCUUUACAGAGAGUAUGGAUGUUAAUACAAAAAAAAACAAACAUAUAUAUAACUACCGAGAUGUUUUGAAUCAGGGGGCUGUAGCUCUUUGUACCUGAAACAUCAGCUGAUAAUGAAACAUGCAUAGGAGACACAUAACUGCAAAUAUUGGACUUGAUUUAUUGAAUCUGUGUUGUUAAUUUCCCCCUGAUCUGAAAUUCAUUUAUUUACAUUAUUGCAUAUUAAACCCAGAGGAGUCCUUUUAUAUAUUUGGAAACAUUCAUCUCCUGACAGGCUCCCGUACAGAAAGGAAGUACCAUAAUAACACUGUAACCACAGAACAGCUGAGGUAAGAUUGUUAAUGUGGAUUUAUUGGGAAACACAGAUCAAUAAGAGUUUGUAGCAUUCAUAGUUUGGUGCCUGUGGUGUACUGCAGAAAUCUGUACCUGGCCCGCACAUUUGUGCGUCAAUGGAAGUGCUCAUCUGAGACAGCAUCAGGAAAUGAGCUGCAGGAAGAUUAUGAGCCCUAAUGUGGGUCUAUGUGUUCUCCAAGUCAUCCAGAUGAACGUCAGCAACACUAUUUUCAUACAGUCAUCCACUUCUUUCAUUUUAGCAGAGCAAUAGCAAUUCAACUAAAGCACAUCACACCUAAACUCCAAAUGACAUUUUCUGAAUUCAUCCUAAUCCCUCAUAAACCAUUUUAACCCUGUGACUCCCAACAGACUUUAUUUCUCUUCAGGUAAUUAGUUCCAUCUAAAAGCGGAGUCCCUCAGAUCCCAAGCUAUUAAGGUUUUGAGGCCGCGCUAAAACCUCACAGUCACAUCAACACUCAGAAAAUCUGAUGCAUCACCGAAACUUUCCAAUUUGAUGCAGCAACAUCUCGAUUUGGUCUGACGUCAAAGUGCUUUUAUCCAAACUCUCACUCUCUAUUACUUCAAGGCCCCUCAUUGUAUCUCAUAUUAGUAGCUUAGUCACACUGUCUCCUCGUCUCCUUCCCUCUUGUAUUGACUGAAUUGAUGUCCCUCUUCACUGUCGUCAGGAUUUGGCAGGCAGAGGUUUUAUUGGUCCUGGCAGGUGUCCUCAACUUGUUAGGGAAGCUUUCUCUGACAAAGUGUUUACUGAAAGCUGGUUAAAUAUUUUUCCGGGGGCAGGUUUCCUGUUUUUCACUUGGUUAUCUUCUUAUCAAUCUGCUGCCUUUUCUGUGUGGGCUCUUCUCACAUGGUAUAUCUAUCAAACAUAUUGCUGUAAUUGUACUUACAUGAACCAUGUUUCAUAUUUUGAAGUCCACUUUGUCUCCUCAUACUGCUAGCUAUCUUAUUUGUCAGUUAAGUGACAGUAAAAGCUCAGUAUGACUAAGAAACACACAAAGAUAAGCAAUAAAUAAGGAUGAAAAAAUAUGUUUAUCAUUUAUACAUUUGCACUGUGAUGGGCUUGGACAUCAACCAAUCAAUCUAAUAUCCAGAAACUUUAAACACCUGUGAGAACCUUUAGGUUUGUGUGCCCCAUGUGGACAUCUGACCUUUCUUCAUACUUAAGCGUCUUUGUGAAGUUCAUUGUCAAUGUUUAAUGUAGAAAUUGUUGAACCAACAUCUACCCCCUCGCACCAAUUUCAGGCAUCGAAAAUUACAGUAUAAAAAUCAUCAGCCAUGUUGCUGAUGGUUUUCUUUGCUUUUGGUUGUCAUGGAAAGAUAUAAUAUGAAUUUUAGUCCAUUUUAAAGGUGUCUAAAAACUCCUCAGAGGAGCUUUGUAAAAAAAAACAAAAAACAAAAAAACUUGUAGAUUGUAUUGUCUCUGUGAUGUCACCCAUUGGUUUCUGGAGAGACUUUCUGACAUUAACAAAUAUAACCAUCACCACACUGGAAAAGCAGACUUCAUGUUGCUUUAGAUCAACCAAGAAAAAGCCAAAGGGGUGGAGCUGAGCCAAGUGUUUAGCCCUCUGGCAUCUGCCUCUCUAUCCACUCAGCCAUACGCCUGAUCAUGCAAUGUGUAUGUAUAACUCUUACCCAUUAUAUCAUCCAGGAUGGGUGUUAAAAUUCGCUCCCUUUACAGUGUGUUAAAACAAAUAAAUGAUCUGCACCAUGGCCAUAGCCGUCAUUUGAACCAGGCUCUAAACAUGUUUAAUUAUACUGUUAAAAUGACCAUCAGACUCAGCGGACGCUUGAGGAACUACAGUUUUGCACUUUCAUGAUGGCUUCAUUUAUCAAUACAGGAAGUUGCUGCUUGUUUAAGACCUUGUUUUUGUCCACUGUGAACAAGAACUUGUCAAUAUUUGUCAUCAACAGUGAGAAAAACUUUCUUUCAGCAGGAAGCAGAAAAAGACUUGUGAACACCCAUCUGCCAAGACCUGAUGGACUGAGAAAGCACAGUUCUCUAUCAAAUCUUUAUUAAAAUUAAAAGGAAAAACUUAUUUAUUGUAUAGCCAUUAUAAUGAACAUACAUUAAUAAACACUUCUUCAUGACUUAAUCAGCAGAAGCAAAGCUUAUAUGCCAAAAGAAUAGAGCAAGACAAUACCAAAGCAAUGACAGUAAAGUAAUGAUUAUAAGAGGCUGACUGAUAUCAUGUGUCAGUCCUCCCUCUCUUUAAAUCCUCCAGCUAAUAGUUAACAAACACAAACUCCAUUUGACUAAACAAACAGGUUGUGGUCAAGUUUUCUGUACAAGUUAAGCACAUGAGUCAAUAAAAAAAAACAGGUAGAGGGGCUUGUUGUUUUCCCAUACAUCAGCUAGAGCGUGAGAACAACUAAAUGAUAUUUAAAAUAAUUGUUUUAAUUCCAAGACUCACUGGAAAUAGUUAAACUGAAUUAGUUGUAUUAGAUAGAUACAGUGCAAUUUGACAUACAAUAGUUCUGAUAUGAAGAAUUAAGAUAAGAAGAACUUUAUUUAUACCAGAGGGGAGAUCUGAUAAGCUAAUGUAUUGUGUAAAGUUUGUUAAUUCUGCUGGUUUUCAAUAGUUUGAGUUUUGAUAACAUUAAAUCUAAUAAAAAGUAGGUAUUAUAGUUAAAACAGAUGGAUGUUUUCCUGCAUCAGUGCAAACUGUUUACUGUGAAAAAUAAUAAAUUCUCUCCUUUAAGGUUAAGAUGGAGAGAUGCUUCAAUUACAAUUUCAAUAUAAAACUGAAAUGCAUAAUUUAAAAAAGAAAUAGAUGAUUAAUUAUUUAGAGAAGGUUGAUGGUAAAUCUGGAGCAAAUCUUCAUGGUUCAGUGGGGACAGUAUGCAAAAACACACACACAGACAGACACACACACAGAGGAUUUCAGUGAGGCAUGACCUGGCGCUCAAAAACAAAUCUCUGAGGAAAUAAAAAAAAAGAGGUCAGCGUGGAUUGAAGUGACAUCAAACAUUGAUGACAUCAUGACCGACAUUUCGAGGUGUUUCUCGGCUGUUGUUAUGAGUCACUGCCCCUCUGUGGACUCACUGGGUUAUUGCAAUAACAAUAAUGUGGUCUCUGAAGUCCCUGCACAAUAACCGGCUCUGUUCUGUUGUGUUCUGGAUUCAUUGAAUCAUCCCACUGAUGCAAUUUAAAUUUGAUUGUGUUACAUUAUUGUGUCAUGUUCACCACAAUAAAAAAUCUGAGCAGUUUUGUUUGUGGCAUUUGUAGUAGGAGAGAAGUGUACAGUCGGGAGAGGAUACAAUUCAAUCAGUGACUUUCUGCUAAUCCGAGUAUUGAAAAUAAGGCUCUGCUCUUUCAUGUUGAUGUUUUGUGUCAUGUGUCACAGCUGCACCAUACUGUUUGUUAUCUAAACUCUGGUUCAUGCAUUCAUUAUUUUUGAUUUUGUUUUUAAUGUAAGUCCAUUUAAUCCUCAAAAAUUCUGCUUCAUGUCUCUAAUUCCAGAACACGGGAUCAUUGCGCUUGCUGGCACUUUUAUUUCUUCUACAAACUCCAUGAGGAAUCCUUAACAAAAGAUGUUCUGAAAUAAUGUGAUCUGUUUCAGUCGGGCCGCCUGGAUUCUCAUUACCCCAAAGUGUGUGGUCACCAAGGCAAUGUGCUGGACAUCAAGUGGAAUCCCUUCUUUGAAAAUAUCGUAGCAUCCUGCUCCGAGGACACCUCAGUGAGUGAAACAUGUUAUUACAGAUUUUAGAUUUAUAUUGUGCUUUUAGUUUGACUUAACACAGAGGAAGUGAAAACAUAACGCAUCGUUUUUUUCACUGACGCUGACACUCACUCACGCAGAAAACAAACAGGUCAUUUUAGCCAUAAUAAGGUUCGCUGAAUCACAGAGUCUUUACAGGACACAAGCUUGUGGCUGGACUUUAUCUGGCAGCUGCUGCAGUCGCUGUUGUUGUGAGCCAGUGGCCUGAAAACAGACAGAUGUGAAACCGCUCCGAGGAAGGCUAGCUGCUCACUGAUUGGCUGACUACACAAAAUGACAUUGGAUGCAGUAUAAAAUGUCACUCUCUGUUACUCCUAAUCUCAAAUGUUCCUCGACAUAUUGUCCUCUAAGACCCUGUUGGCCUUUUUUCCCAGUUCAGGCACCUGUUAUAUUUCCCUUCUUAUCAUCGUGAAGCCAUGGUCGCUCUGUGUCCUAUAAAGUACUUUGACUUGUUGCAGGAUAAUCUCCUCUGGUCAUACACAGAGGCUCGAGCCAUAGCUGUAAUCCAGAUUAAUCCUAAUGCAAUGGGCUGUAUUGAUACCAUGUGCUAUUUUGAUCAGAGGGAACUCUAGCUGUGUCAUGCUGAUUGUAUUGUGGAGUAUUGUAUCAGAGAGUUAUGUAAAGCGUGAAGUGACAAAAUCAUUGCACUCAGAACCUGCUUCCUGAAAUGUCUGUUAGUGUUUCUGCUUAAUAAUGCUGCAUGGUUUACUAACUUUCAUGUUGUAAUUGUGUGUCUGUGUGUUUGUGAACACGGCAGGUGCGAGUAUGGGAGAUCCCAGAGGGUGGUCUGAGGCGAAACAUGACAGAGGCGGUGCUGGAACUGUACGGUCACAGCAGACGGGUGGGUCUGAUCGAGUGGCACCCCACCAGCAGUGGCAUCCUGUUCAGUGCUGGCUACGACUACAAGGUACUACAUCAGGAACUGGAUGCACUAAUGAGCUGGACUUAAUGCAGUUAACAGGAUGUAACAGCACUAAUAGCAUCAAUGAUUUAUCAACAUAAAUGUAAAGGUUUCUUCAUUAUUCUUCACUUUAAUCACAAUAUUUUGAGGUUUUAUGUGACAAAAAAUAAAGUCCAUGAAACACCAUGACCAGCUUCUAGAGGCAUUUUUGAAAAUUAUUGAUAAUUUUGAGAAUUAAAUAAGGAAACAUAAAUCAGAAUGAGAAUAAUUGCAGCCUUGCUGUUUUACAAGGCCUAAUUUCACUCUCACGACAUAAUCCCAUCAAUGAUUCAGGCACUUCAGCCAGUCUAACAUCUCCACCCAAACAAUGUGUCAGAUCCUGAUUUGGAACCUGGAGAUCGGGGAGCCGGUGAAAAUGAUAGACUGCCACACCGACGUCAUCCUCAGCAUGUCCUUCAACACAGACGGCAGCCUGCUGGCCACCAGCUGCAAAGACAAGAAGCUGCGUGUUAUUGAGCCACGCUCCGGGACAGUCCUACAGGUAAAAGGGUCGGUCUUGUUGCUGUCUGAGGGUUUAAUGCACAUCGAUUAAAUGUUUAUGUUAUAACAUGUUUGUGAUGCUACUGUGGAAAUUUAAUAAUGGUUACACUAGCUAUGAUUAGUUUGACAUACAGAGUACAUAUGAUUUGCAAAAUCAGCGUUGUUACUUUAGACAGAGAGGAGGUACUUCCAUCUUUGCAACACACACUCCCAGACUGCAGAAGGGUAACCCCCUCUGUAAAUGAAGUGAUUUUUCCAUCUUUGUGUGAAAAAAGCGAGACUAGCCUCCACAGAGCCUCUCCUUCAAUUCUAUCUCACAUCUGGAUCUCAACAGUAAGCCAGGUCUUAUCACCCACAUCAGUACCCAACCUCCCUGAUGCUUUUGUGGCUGAAUACGCCGUCUGGUUUCAGGAAAACCUGAAACCAGACGAUUGGAAACUUUAAUUACAGCACGUGAAUGCUCGUGGUUUCAGAAUGAAACACCAAGCAGCUCACCUAAUACUGUGAAUUAUUUUUGGAAAAAUCCUUUCCUUGAUUCUAGCCGGCCUCAGUCCCCUGGUAGUGAUAUAUACAACUCCAUUUUACUUUGAAAUGCCAACAUUUUGAUCACACUCACAGACUAAUAUUAUUUUCAUUUAGAAAAAGAAAUUGCCUCAGUUUAAUGACGCCAAAAAAGCUGCAGUUAGUCCAGACCACUUCUCAGUCCCUUCAUGUUUGACCUUGGUGGUCUUGGUCUUGAUGACCAUGAAAUCGUUUCUGAUUAGACCCUGCUGCACUGCACCUCUGCUGCGCCAAGUGGGUCUGAUUUAGAGCAGGCAGCAGGAGGAGGGGUCAAUCAUUUAAGUGUUUACUACCUGAAAUACAGGCCGAACUCCAGCGGCUUUAAAAGUGGAAAACAUGGACAUGUUAUCAGUAUUUUGCUUUCAAAGUUGAGUUACAACCUUGCUCACAAUAAUAUACUGAGUCCUUUAAAACUACUACAUAGAAAGUUAAAAAUCUCAUAUUACAAUGAAUAUAACCUUAGCUAAAUUGAUGCCCUUUUCCCUCUAUGCUGGGAUUUCAGUAACAUUUUGAUGUAUUUUGCUGCCUAAAUAAAAGAAAAUGAACUCUCCCUACUGUUGCAUUUUCCAUGAAAUCUCUGCUGUCUCUUUGCGUUUGCUUCACCAGCAUGCCAGUGUUAAGAACCACCGUGUGAACCGGGUGGUGUUUCUGGGCAACAUGAAACGCCUGCUCACCACAGGGGUUUCUCGCUGGAACACCCGGCAGAUCGCUCUCUGGGAUCAGGUCAGACAACACCUCCAUAUGGCCCAUGCCUGUAAUGCCAGAGUGGGUGGAGCAUGCGUGAGUGCAUGUGUGUCUGUGUGUGUGUUGUUGUUGUUGUUGUUAACUGCUUGUGUGUGUGGCUCUCUUCAGGAGGAUUUGUCCAUGCCAAUUGUGGAGGAGGACAUAGACGGCCUCUCAGGACUGUUGUUCCCCUUCUAUGAUGCUGACACACACAUGCUGUACCUGGCAGGAAAGGUCGGUGCCAGACUUUGCUGAGUCACGACAAGGAAAUCAUUUUUCAGCACUGUGACACAUCUUCAAUUUCCCAUAUGCAGAUCCAUUUUAAUUAAAAUAAUUUGGCCUCUGUUUUAAAAAUAAAUUUCCAUGAUAGUGUGAUCAGGAUGUCAUUUACUCUAAACAGUGUAAAUAUUUAAAGGUUUUCAGUUUUAGGUUGUUAAUGUCAGUUUUGAAUUGGUUGUCUAGUUACCUAACAAGAAAUGCCUCUGCUUUCUAAUCUUCAAUUUUCUGUCUAAUGUUAAUUAUACUUUUACUUACAUUAAACCUAAGGUAAAACAUUACAGUACAGUAAGUCUGGGAUUCACAGCAGAGCAACAAGUAAAAACAGACGGCAUAUAACUGUGAUUUGGAUGAUGUUAUCAGCCACUUUCUGUUAUCCUCACAGGGGGACGGCAACAUCCGCUACUUCGAGAUUACCACAGAGAAGCCAUACUUACAAUACCUAAUGGAGUUCAGGUCCCCGGCCCCACAGAAAGGUCUAGGUAAGUCAUUUGUUGAUUAGUGCUACAUGAUCCCUCCUGUUGAAAGCAGGAAACAGAUCCAAACCAUUUCAUUAGCAGUGUUGGUGGGAUGGAGUGGGAAAGUCAGCGCAGUCUUAUGAGCCCCAAUAAUUAGUCGAGUGCAGUUUCAGAUUGACUCCACGUGAUUUAACAAUGUGAUUUGACAAUUAUUACUGGACAAUAAUAUCAUUAGCCAUGCCCACAUUUGUACUCCUGAAAAUUUCAGGACAGCUGACUGUGAAAUUUUUCAAAAAGUUGCCUUUGCACUCGGGUUACUUUCAGUGUCCCCCCACCUGUCAAGCAGGGGAAGGGGUCAAAGGUAACUAUGGGAGUCUGUAUAUCAUGAUUGCAGGAUAUCCAAGAUGAAAGGCGAAGCAGGGUGAUGAAUUUUUUUGUCUUUUUAUCAGUUCUGUGUCUUAUUUAACCUAUUUAGAGAAAAAACAAAUGAGAAGAAAGAACAUUCAGAGAAGAGUAUCAUCAGCAUUAUGUGAAGGGCAUUUGCACCAUUUGUCGGUACACCACACUAAAUGAAUAUCAUCACCCUGGCUGACUAACUUGCAGUGUCUUUUUCUGACUUCAACCUGCUGUGUUUUCACAUCUGCUUAACCUGACAUUCUGUGGAAAUUUCACCAAGGCUGUCAAUUGUGUUCACACAGAGAGAGUUUUAGGAAAAUCUCAGGUGUCGACUGCAGUACUUUUUAUGCUGUGGUAUCACUCUUUUCCUCUCGUCUUUAGGUGUGAUGCCAAAGCACGGGCUGGAUGUGGGAGCAUGUGAGGUGUUUCGCUUCUACAAACUUGUGACACUGAAGGGGUUGAUUGAACCCAUUUCCAUGAUUGUGCCAAGAAGGGUGAGUGGGGACUGAAUAAAAGAGUGGAGUAAAAUCAGUGAAAAACAUUCAUCUUCAUGCAGAGAGGUUUCUCCAUGCUGUGAGACAAUCAAACUUUGCACUGGAUACUAGAUAACCAUGUGUGCCUCAUCUAAGAAAUAAAAUAAGCGUGUUUGUGUCGUGCCCUUGUUAACAGUCGGACACAUACCAGGAGGACAUCUACCCCAUGACAGCGGGAACAGAACCUGCGCUGUCUGCCAGUGAAUGGCUGAGCGGCAUAAAUAGAGGUAAACAACACUUCAGAUACACCCAGCGAUGGAUGACACCUCUUAGGUAGUUUUUGAAAUGACACCUCAACACAAGCCAAAAACUGAGUUAAAUAAGGAUCUGAUCCCUCUGAUUUGUUAAUGAAAAACUAUUUUUAACGAAGACAAAGUCACCAACAGUCAUUCUCACUGUUUCUGCUCUUCACACAACGUCACUGUCAUGAUACGGUACAAAUUACUAGAAAAUACUAUUUCCUUAUUUAGAUCAUAUAGCUUGAACCAGGACCCAAAAUGAAUUUAAUCUCGAGUGAAAGCUACAAAAUCAGCCAGUUGAGCAUGAGUCUAGAGGUUUUUAGAGAUUGUUUCUAGAAAGUAGGAUUCAUUCCCACCCACCUACUCUUGGCUACAGAAAAUACUAAGAAGAGGAUACCUUCUUAAUCAGAGAGUGGGGGCUGACUGAUGAUGAGUCACUGCAAACAAUACAGCAACUUGCACAGGAACAGAAAGGACUACAAGUUUGAUGAUCUGCAAACCAAAGGCUUUCACAGCUGCAGUACGACUCGAGGUCCAAAGAUACCUGCGCUGCCGGGCAAAGGCUACCUCCACCGUAGACCUAAAAAACACAGAGCAAGAAGAGGUGAAUGAAGAAAGGACAGUAUUGACAGCUACUUCCUGAGAAGCAGGUUGAGUCAGUUGGCUGAGAAUCAGCAGCAGGGCUUGAAAAAGUCUACUGCACAAUGGAAAACCAGGGCUUUAGAGUGCAAACUGAAAACCAGUCUUUUUGCAUCACACAGUGGAGGAGGUUUAGGUGCAAAAGGAAUCAUGAAGUGGUCAGAUUUCUGCAAGACACCAACAUCUGCAGCAUCCUGGAAGAGCUCAGAAGCAACAGCCUGAAUAUAUUUACCACUUCUGACCAGAUUACAGAGUUUGGGCUGUGGAGAAGAGGAGAUCCACAGAGACAAAGGUCCUGAGGGCAGUGGGACUCUGAUCCCAUGGUAAGAGAGUAAAUCACCUGAGGAAGCAAUGGAGGAAGGCUACAGAGGAGGGAUUUAAGACUUAAACCUGUUAAAAACUGACGUACGGAGCGGGCUUGUGACACUGUGGAGAGUUUUAGACCUGCUGAAGAAAUGCAGAAAGAAAAAGGGGGAAGAUGCAAGCUUCCAAGAUUUCCUCAAAUGUGUAGAGGGUCUGUUCAUGCAAGGCAGGAUUGUCCUGCCCCUGCUGCACCUUGCCAUUCUGUGUAAAAUGUACAAAAACACAAUAGCAAAGGUGAAUCGAUCCACCAAUAAUCCAGCAAAGAAGAUAGUAUUAAAUGUGUAGAAAAAAGGGAAAACAAUUUCUUUGUAAACGGGUGAGGCAGCUAGGUGGAGCAGUGCCUCCUGUGUGUAGUGAAUCCAAUUUGUUUACAAGUGAUAGAACUCUUUCCUGGGCGACACACUGUGCAAAAUCAAACUUGGACAUGGACACAUCGGGUUCUGAAUAGAAGUAUAAAGGGGCCAUAAGAGUGAGGCUCCUACAUAGGGCUGUUUAAAAGACUUUGGCAGACCUUAAAAGAGAUGAAGGGAUGUCCUCCACAAACAAACGUCACAAAGAGAUCAACCUCCCACUUAAUAUUCCACCAGUGUAGAUAUCACUUCAGUGUCUAACUUAAAGGCUGUACAGAAAAGAAAGGAAGAAACCAUCUGACACAUCAUGUAAGGUGUUUCUUAUGGCGGUCACAGUGUCACUGAGAACAACAACACAACUGUUCAAAUUUGCAGUUAUCAUGUCUUAUACAUGCGCUCCAGUGUCAAAGAUGGACAACUACAAGAGGCUGAUCAGAUAUCUUGCAAGGAUGCGGCUCGGCCUCUGCAGGUUCCUCCCCAAGAUAACUUGGCAUUUCAAGAGUUCUGGCACUCCCAAAGACUCUGAGUGCCAAAGUGAUAACGGUUGACAGACCCAUUUGCCGGCCAAGCUCUCCCAAUCCUGAUUACAAGGAGAACAUCAGGUGAACACAGUGCAAUCGAACAGCAGGAGCUCAUGUGCCAAACACAGAAAUGGGAUGUCAACCUGGGUGCACACGCUGGUCUGGAAUAAGGAUAAUCAAUCUCAGAGACACAUGCUGAACAGGGUUUUCAACUUCAGGGUAAGGCGACUAAGGAUACUACAUGUGCAGAAGCAAUGGCUCAAGCAAGAUGAGAGCAAUGAGAAAAGAGUGAUUGUAAUUGGAAAAAUCCACAAUUAGCCGCUUCAUCUGAGAUGCUUUUGAUUUCCUGCCAUCUCUCUAAAAACUCAGCCAGUAGAACUAAGAGGACCCUUCGUGCUUCCUCUUCCCGACAGAGUCCAGUUACCCACACAUGAUGAGGUCAUCAAACAUCUGACCAGAUGUGGCGCUUUAACUGGCUUGACUCCGUCUUGUUUACACAUCAUUGAGCUCACAACAGCCUCGGAGGAUGCAGUGGAGGAGGCUUGAGGGAAUAAAAUAAAGUGCUGGGAAACAAAGGUCUGUCCUGCUCUGAGGGGCUCCAUAAAGGAAGUAGUCUUCCAGAAAAUAAAGGUCUCUGUAGUUUAACUUAGCUGCCUUCAAAAUGACACAAUGAGGGUCUGGACUUUAAACUGAUCAUGAAGAAAAAAGGGUAAACUCCUGAUAAUGAGGAGGAUGAACUUCUCUGCUAACAGAGCUAGAACUAACUGGAAUAUUUUCUCAAAUACUGCUUUGCUUCCUUCACACAGCAUUAUGGGUAAAGAGUUAAUAGAUGAUCAAAAGACAAGGACUUUGUAAUGUGCACAUGUUAUAAAGUUGCACCACUGAGUUAAACACAUGAAAGUUUACACUUAGACAAACUCUGUGAUGCUCUGUGAAGGUUUCAAGACUCUUUGUUCCUUGUGUCAUGUUCUUAUUUCAGUUUUUGGUAUUUUAUUUUUUUGUCCAAACAGAUCCAGUCUUGAUGUCCUUAAAAGAAGGUUACAAACGUCCAAACCAGCUAGUGUUCAAGGCCCCUGUGAAAGAGAAGAAGAGUGUGGUGGUAAAUGGGAUCGACCUGCUGGAGAAUGUACCACCCAGGACAGAGAACGAGGUAUUUGAGUUUCAUCAACACAACAAUCAUCGCUUUUUAUUCCUGUAAAAGUGCCAGCUGAAGGUGUAUUUUAACAGAAAGUAACCAAGGCCUCAGACAUCAUGACAUUACAACUUAUCAUUCAGCACAUCGCAUGAAUAUGUUGGAAUAUUUAGAACAAGAAUAAGUACUUUUUUGAGUGUGUGUCUUUUUGACCAAGAACAAAGACCCACAAAGAGGAGAGCUAGACUGCAUUUCUACCCCUGUACGCUCUGUAGACACUAGGCAUGGUAUUGUAUCGUAUAGAAAAGGCAAUUCCAAGUGCUCCACACAGCACAUGAGAACAUCAUGAAAGAGGACAUUCAGAAAUCAGUUAAAACUGAAGAAAAGAUCAGAGAAAAAAGCUGAAAAGGAAACUCAAAAAAGAUAAGGUAGUAUUGAGGAGUGAGCCUGAAAGUUACCCUGCAGUGCCGUGUAAUUAAAACACUCAGUCCUGCUGAUACUUCCUGCCCUGACAGACUGUAGCAUUAAUAUUCAGACCUGCACGGGUGUUAUUUUUCUAACACUUUUGUAUCAGAGUCUCAUCAUCAUUUCCUCUGUGUAGAUUUUCACUUUCCUGAUUUCAUCUGUUCACACAGCUCCUGAGGAUGUUCUUCCGGCAGCAGGAUGAGUUGCGGCGGCUGAAGGAGGAGCUGACCACCAAGGAUGUGCGAAUACGCCAGCUGGAGCUGGAGCUGAACAACCUGAAGAACGUUAGCCCCAACAACGUGUGACCUCUCAACCUCCUGGACUGGCAAAGCUGCUUCCUUUUUGCCCCCCAAUUCUGACCUCUGACAGGCCUCUGAGCCCCCCAUCCAUCUCUUUUGAUAUGUCAUGAGUUCAUUCUUGCUGCCCUGCAUAGUCCCACACCAUAAUAUGAUAAAUGUUGGAUAAUGUCUUGACUGAUGCAAUUACAGAACUAACAUUGUUUUAAUUAAUAAGAUACAUAAUUUUAAGUAAGGCAGCGUUCAUGGGUUGCCGCCUUAAGAUGAAAUCAGUUGUAGGGGUUUAAUAUCGUGAGGUUUUCUUUUUCUGUUUUUUAAGUGUAAUAACCUCGAUCAAACACAGUCUUCAGUGUUUCGAUCAGUUGCUGCAUAUUUUCUGCCAGACCUCCUGUGUGUUUGUCUCACCAUGCCUACCCUAUGAUUCAUGUUACAAUACACAGGCAAACGAGCCUCUGCACACAUCCCCCCUGUAAUGACCGAAACAUCAUCUAGUUCUCAUUAUUUGCUGGGGCAAAACUGGAGGAUAAAAGACUGUAUCUGGCACCUACUUUUCUUCCCCAAGGCCUUAGACCCUGCUGCAGACACAGAUUGCAGCGAGCUGCAGCAUCCUCUCAAAAUGGCUGAUGUGAAGUGGUUUUGCAAGAUGAGACGAGCUUUUGCAGACAUGGAUCCUGUUUUUCCACUGAGCUGCUCAUCCCUUAUUGCUUCUUUUACCCACAAGUGUUGCUGCCUAUGAAUUUACAGAGCUGAUGCUCAGAUACAGUCUGUCUUACAAAGAGGAGUGGAUGGUUCACUCGCUCAAAGUAUUUCUGUUCUUUAUUUAAACGGUGGGAAAGCAGCAGAGGAGACACGGAUCCAGAGGCGGUGGACUUGCAUAACUACUCGAUUUUAGUCUCAAGGGACGCUCUGCUGGCUUUUGGUUUUUAGGGCUAAUUUUGAGGAUGGGGGUAAUGUAUAUUUGCUUCUAUUUAUUUGUCAUAUUUUACCUUUCUAGCCAAUAACAUGUAUAUUUGUUAAUCCUAUUGUUUUUUGUAAGAUGUGGCAACGCAAGUAAUGAUUGUGACGCUUGAUAGAUUUUGCUGAAUGUUACCGAUUGAACUGGUGCAGGAUUUGUGUGAAACUGUACCUUAAACGGUGUUUGGUCUUUGACCCCCUCAACGUACCUCCUGAUGAGGUAUAAAAAUACUCUCUUGCCUAUUCCUAACUCUACAAAAGACUGUCAUAAUAACCAUCCAUUUGCAUUUAAACUAAGUAUAUCACUGUUGCUAAGAUGUGUUAACAUGUAGAUGUGUAAUUUCCUCUAGAGACUCCUGGUCAUCUGCCUCUCCUUCUCCACUUAUAUCAUUACUAGACGGAGGCUAAAUAGCAGUUUAAAUGCCUUUGCUCUCCUCUGUUCCUACAGGUUUUUCCACCAGUCUGACAUUUAAGAGGAGCGUGGACCAGCUUCGCAAUUAAUCAACUCAAUCAUGCCAGUCAGGUUCAAGAAAAGACAGGCUCUGCUUAACAAUCGCUUUAUUUCUUAAUCCAGGGCCAAUCACAGUCAGAAGAGUCACAUUGAUUCUGAGAAAGAAAAUGAGCGAAGAUGAACCAACUGCAGGCAUAGAGAGAAAGGGUUUUACAAUGAGAGAGAGUAAAAGGUAAUUGAAGGGUGCUUGUCUUCCUUUUUACAUCAUAGUGAGGGCAUUAAGUCUUAAAAUACAAUCUGAAAAUCAAGAUAAUUGAACCUUUAAAAUUUAAACUUGAAUUACUGACAUACAUGGUUGAUUUGUAUGUUUUUUUGCAGUGAAUAUAGAAGGCUACAGUGAAAGUAGGGAGAAGGAUCCAGCAGUAAUGGGUCAUCGACAGAGGAGAGACAGGUGAAGUUGCAGCUGGAGUUGUGCUAUGUCAGGUGUUUUCUUGAGUUAACAACAUAGCUGUUAAUUUGAGGGAAGGUAGUAAAUAAGGACUGUAAGGUUUUCAUGCCAUUAACAUGACUGGAUCUUUCUUUGUAGACCUGUUUACCUGGUUGGGAUAGAACUAAAUCUCAGUGUUAGACUCUUUAGUUUUGUCUCCUGUAAUACUGUUCAUACUGCGCAGCUUGGAGUUGGCAGUAUGAAAUCUUUGUCUGCUGAAAAGUGCGUCCUGGAACACACGUCCAUGUCGAGGAAAUGGAUGACGACUGGAUUCGUGUGCAUUUUACCAUGUGACUCUGUUAUACAAGAACCACAAACUUCAAAACAUAUAUAAAAGGGAUUUAUUGAAGUGAAUGGGAGGAAAAAAAGAAACAAGUUUGGCAGAUGACAGUGGAUGUAACAUAGAGUGAAAAAUCACUGAGGUAGGCCAAUUUGACCAUUAGGUAUAAUAGUGAAAACAAAGUCCAAAUAACUGACUUUUACCAGAGUUUACACUUUGAAACAAUAAAUUUUCAAUGCACAUAAGUUUCUGUUGUACCUCCAUUUAUAUCAAGUACUUCUCUACUCUACCAUCACAAAUUCAAACAAUGCCCCCUGUGUGUCACAGAAAUGAACAUGGAAAAAGAAAGCAAUGAUGAGUUCUGACAUUGAACAUUUCUCUUUAUGGAAAGAUUAUGCAUACAAAGUUGUGUUCAAAUUCCAGAAAUUUCACACUGCGUAUUUUUAGAUAAAGCAGCAUACAUAUUUAAUAUCUUAUUACAAUUCAUAGUUUCACCUCGGUUGUCUGUUUAAUGUCUGCCGUCAUCAAAGAGAAUACAAAAAAAUAGAUUUGGUCAUUAUUUACAAGAACACGUAAUUUCCGAACUAUCAAAGCUGAGGGUUUGAGGAGGAGGAGAAGGAGGAGGAGGAGCUUUGACAAGGGCAGACAUUUUUUUGCUAUGAUUUAAAAAUAUGCCCUGUGAGGGUCACACUGUGCAUGUUCAGACACGAGUUACACACCAGGACAGCAGAGAGUAUUGGCAUACUGGUGACACUACAAAUACAUAACUUACAUUAAAAAAAUACAAUGCAAUAAAAUAAGAUUAAGACGAGGAGAGAACAGCCAUACAUGAAAUCCAGUAGUUGACUUUAAAAUGUAUUGACAUGCACUCUUUUUUUGUAGCAUUUUGUUUUUUCUUUUGAAGGGGGGGUCUUAAAAUACACAAUUCAUCAGAAACUGGCCGUACACAAACGGUGAGAAAACAAAAAAACGUCUUAAAAAGGUUUAUCUUUGCUAUAAUUUGAGAUUACAAAAUCGGUGUCCACAGAGCAGUUAAAAGUGGACCGUAAAGACUGGAAUACAGGAGCAUCAAAGAUAUAGAAGUUUAACUUAUUUCUCCAGACAACCCCAUCUACCUGACUGGCCAAUAACAAAAAAACACUCCUACUGCAAUAUGAAACUGGGGGGGGGGGGAUACAUGGGGUUGUUGGGAAGUGACCGGGAGAUAUAAGUUUUAAAACAGUUCACAACUUAGCUUGAAGAGGUCUCUCAAUCGUCCUCAUCAUCUUCACCUUCUUCAUCAAGGUCCCUUUUUCUUUUCUGACCUCGCUCUUCUUCUAGCAAAUAAAAAAAAACACAGUUAGACAAAAACAAAACAACCAAACAUGAUCAUGUUUCCACUUCUCUUAAGUUUUUGCAUUUGCAAUUCUGGGGAAGAGUAUACAUUUUUCACACGACGAAAAGGUGCAAUGUAAAGUGCUGAGAAAUGUCAAAAUCGAGAGCUGUAUUUUCCCUCUGCGGUAAACACUAGGGAAAUAGAGGAGCUUGUGGCUGCAUCAAACAGAUGGUGGUGACAUAACUUCACAACGGAAUAUUUGGAACGACACUUUGCUGACUCUUGAAAUCUUUUAGGGACUCAUCUAGGAAUAUUCAGAAGCAGUUAGUAUCCUUGUCAUGUAAAAAAAAAACUCACAUUUUGGCUAGCCAGUUCAACUAAAAGUGAGAUUGACUCAUGGAUAAAAGUAAACACAGGGUCACAGACUCUACAGUUGCUUUUCUGGGUGUGUCUAACAAUAGCAGAGCUAGCACCACCAGCCUCGAGUCCUGCUCUGCUCAGAUGAUUAUAUGUCAGUUUAACCAACUUUAUCUCUUUACUUUACCCAAACAAAUAGUGUAAAACUUCACUGCGUCAUGAGAUGCUUCAACAAAAAAAUGACAGCCAUUACAAGCAUACAAUAAAAAUACUUAUAAUUUGAUUAGAGGGGGCGAUGACACUUAAUCACUGAGUCGACAACAUGCUGAGCACACAAAUGUCUAUUUCAUGCUCUACGUUGGUAUGUAUUGAAGGAAGAAGCUUCUAUGUUGAAGUCUGCCACCAUUUUACUCACCUUCAUCAUCCUCAUCGUCGACCUCUCUGUCAUUCAAAUCUUCAUCCUCUUCCUCCUUUUUUAAAAAUAAAGGAAAUUUUGUUAAUAGAAGGAAUUAAAAUUUAACAUUUUCUAGUUACUCAUUUAUCUUUUUAGUCCCACCUCUCCACUGAGGUCGUCUUCUUCCUCUUCUUCAUUCUCCUCUUCAUCCUCCUCUCCUUCUUCCUCCUCUUCAUCUCCUGGUGCUGUGUCUUCAUCAUACUCCUCCUCAUCUACAUCUGGGUACACCAGUUUGUAAUUAUCACUCACUUUUUUAAAGUCCCACAAGAAGUUAGUUUAAUAGAUGUUCACUAGGGCACAGCUAUUCAUAAGGGCCUGUGUCCACUUGUUAGGACCUGUGUCCACUUACAGCACUGUUAAGGCUGGCAACAUCCAAGACCCCAAAGAGUCAAGAGCACUUUUUGCUGCUUGGUAAAACUAAAGUUGUUCUAUGAAACUUUUGCUUCCCAAAGUGGUUACAAUCACGUCUGUUUUUAAAUGCUGUUUGUGCUACCAAGAAAUUAAAAUAAAUAAAUAAAUAAAAUAUUCAGAAAUUAUGUUUUUGCAUUAGCAGCUGCUCUAGACCUGGAAAUUGGAACUAAUUAACAAAGUAAGGCCGAUCUCUUCCUUGUGCAGACCUGCAUUAUCAAUUGACGCACCAAGAGCUUUUCUGCACUUAAGGCACUUAAUAAUAAAAAAGCUGAAUUAUUGUGGAUUUGUGCAGCAAAAAGUGGCUGCCAGGGCAAAAAAUAAAGAUUUAAGUUAGCAAAGCCAGAAGUGUAUGUGAAACACUGGGUUGCUGUGUCCUCAAACUUACCAUCUUCAUCCUCCUCAUCGUCAUCCAGGCCCUCUGCAUACACCUCAGCGUCAGAAUCUGGUGCUUCUUUGUCGUC